AUGUUUGUGUUUCCGGUUCUAGCUGGUGGUGGUGAUAGUGGUGGUGGUGAUGGUGAUGGUGGUGGUGGUGGUGGUGGUGGUGGUGGUGGUGGUGGUGGUGGUGGUGGUGGUAGUGUAAUCAGACUUUCAUUCUGUCUACGAAAACUAAUGUUAUGAUUUUUUAGCUCGGUAUUCACGUAUACGUAUAGAUACAGUGGAAACGGGAUUUAUUUGACACAUUCAGGUGCACAUAGCAAUCUGAGUUUGAUUUGAAACCACGAAAACAAGGGCAAGGCCUGCGUAAUGCAAACGCUCUAGCCACCUGAGCUGUAAAGCUCCACCGGUACAGCUAACUCUGAACGCAGUUUGCUCAAGUUACCCGCCGCGUUUACUGCAACGCAUGAACCCACCAAAUCUAAAACAGUGAGUUGACCGUUCAAGCAGGAUUUCCUAAGAAAUUAAGCAUAGAAUCUACCAGAAGGCUACGGAGCCCACUCAAUGAAUUGGUGUUUUAGCAAAUUGGAAUAAGUAAUUUAACUCAGUUGUGAGCAAAUCAGUUGCACGUUGAGUUGGCCAAACCCUUUAAUUAACACACGGAAGCCCGAAAGGCAAAACUUGGUUGUGAGCUGUUGUUAACAAAGAAAAUUGACCAAGUCUAGGUUAACAUUGAUUGGUCCCUAAAUUUACAAACAUUUUUUAUGAGGGACCAACUAAAGAAUCAAUUCUACUUGGACAGUGGCAGCUUCCUAGAUGGAAUGGACGAAUAAACAAUAUUUACAACUGCUGGAUGCCUUAAAAUGAUCCCACGAGUGUCCGACACCAUGUGUUGUGACUUAAGUUGCAUUCUGUUCAACGCGCACAUGGAUCACAAAUUACAAGUUGUAGGGUAAAACUGUUAGGAUAAAUACACAUUAGCUAAGAAGCAAUAUUAUAAAGCCAAUAUUACAACGGCGGCUAAGAUUUAACCAAAUUGAUACUGAUAUGUUUCUUUUGCUUGCGUUAAAGUCCGUAGAAGUUAGUUUAUUCGCAAUUAAAUCCUCUGACAAAGACGUAUUUCGUCCGCUUCUAUGUUCACUGACAAAAAUAUUAAAAUUGACGGGUUUUUCGCCCAGAAUCGUUAUUUGGAAUUAUAUAAUGUUGUACUUAAGACACAGAGUUCCAGAAUAGAACUUUGACAUUUCAAGACAAAUAAAAUGUGAAACCGAGCUCUCCGCAGGUCGUAGAAAGAUAGAAAACAACAGGAAAGUUCGCCGAACAGUUAAAGUUAGGGUUAAGGUCCUGUUAGAUCUGCGAUACACACUGUAGCUAGAGGACGGCGAGAUAAAUGAAACGAAAUAUCACAAUUACUAGAGAAAAUAAAAACCCUGCAGAUUUAGCAGUGUCUUGGCUUAUAAAUGAACUGAAUUGCGUAGGAAUGUUAUCACGCAUUUCACUGUCCCGGUUAUUCACAUAUUUUGCAGCCACCGGAUCUAGUCAUGUGCAUCAGUUAGGCGAGAUUGCACACUUGUAGGCACAUAUCUUUUUUACUUGAAAGAUACAAUUUUAGUAGGGGGACGAAACCCUGACUGAAGAAACAAAGAAUACAGGAUAUGGCGGUGGGUUUGUCGAUCUGUUGUUUGAUAUUCUUCAAACGACGAUGCGGAUUUGCAUUGUUUGGUUCGCCUUGAAAUUGCCUGCGUGUGCAGAUGUGGAAAAUUAAACUGCUCCUCCACUAACAAACUUAUCCAAUUGACUGCCAGUGAAAUCUGAAUAUAUAAACAGGACAAAAUUGUCGGGGAAUAGCAAGUGGUAGUUCAACACAAAUCUAGUGAUGAAAAUUCCUCCGUCGAUUCUGCUCAAGACUAUACUGAUUUUCUUAAUUGUUCCCUCCGGUAAAUUUUAUUCCCUAAUUUAACUUUUAACAACUGUAAUCUCCAUAUAAUUCGCAGUUUGCUUAAUGCAAAUUGCCUGUGCAAAUUAACAUACCUCAGGCAAUAUCCUGUUCUUUCAAAACAUGUAGGAGAAUGCUGUUGCCGCUGGGAGACUUUGAAGAAUCUCUUCCAAUUUAGAGGACCUGCCCUCAAAUCAUCAGCCUACGAACUCUGUGAAGGCGAGCAUAAAGGAUGCACUUCUGUGAGUUACAGAGAGGAGGAUGAAACAAAGGGCUCAGGCUGCCGUCAGGCCUGUGCGAGGCAGCGAGGUCCGUUUCUAUAUAAAAUGCAUACUCCCGCAGUUUGUUUCCUGUGUUCGUUAGUGUUUCGUUAGUUUAUGAACUAAUGCUCAAAAUAUCCUCUACUAACACUAUCCAAUUCUUCUAAUUCCUGUAGAAAAUCUAGACGAAAUAUCAAAAGCAUAUUUUUGUGAGGGGCCUGAUAAACCGUGCCAGGCAUACGACGUUUAUGGACGAAGUGGCUACGACAAGACCUUCGAGAGACACGUCAUGUGUGUCAAGGUGUGUCAGCUUUCAGGCAAGGGUAAGUCGUUUCACGGUCUGCACUCAACCUUAUGAUUGCUAGGGCACUUCUGUUUUCUUCUAAAAAAUAAAGGCUACUAAAGUAAAUUCAGAUAUUAAUGACAGUUUAUCUAUAAUUUUACGUAUGAAGACAAACCCUUGUUUCUAGCUCAACACAGUUCCACGGAUUUCAUUAAACUGUGUUCGCCCACAAAGGACCCCUGCGCUGAGCUAAGGAGAAGCAAAGGGACCUUCGCUGCCUUCAAUAAAUGCGCUUUUCAAUGUGACGGUUGGACUAACUGUAAAUCUGAAAUUCUCCCUUUCAAAGUUCAUUCUACUAUUUAUCACUCGGUUGUUCCAGCUUGCUUUUUCGCCGUUGUUACAUCAUGAUCUUUUUAAUUAAAGUGAACAACAACAUGGAGCAGACUGCUCAGUUCAGCAUCCCAGGAAGCGAAAUCGCGGAGGGCAAAUACUUUUUUGAUCCAAGGAAUGGAAACGCGUUCGCGGGUUUGAAGGCUUGCUUCAACCGUUGCAUGUCAGGUGAUGCUUUAAACUUCAAGACCCUCUUGGAGGUUUAGUUCGUGAAGGCUGCGCAAGUAAAAUUACUCGACCAUAUUUCGUGAUAUUAACAGGAAAAAAUAUGUAUUUAUUUCUUCCCAUUCAGAAAAUAGGAGUGUCUCUAUUGGUGGUCAUGAGUCAGUUUAUGCUGCAUAUAUAUGCGCAUGUGUUUGCGAGUCAGGUUUCAUCUUCCUCGUAAACGCGCUUUUGCAAGUCCACAAUUGCUUUCUAACGAAUUUAGCGAGAUCAUGCAGCUUCUGCUCCAGAGCAUUUGCUAUAGAUAAACUGACCAUUGUCUGAUGCUGGGUGAACUGCAUUACCUCCUAUCCGGCACACCAAGAACAUCGAUUAAAGUCUAUUUUUAAGGUCACAAACCUGACACGUUUAUGGCAGUCCAUGAAAUGUCUUUUAACAAACUGAUGUUUCUACUUUAGAAUAAGCGACCACGAAAACACUUGGUUGCGGGCAGACAUUUUUCAAACGGAUUUUCAAUGGUGUGGUUUUCCCGUUUCUAAUUCUACAAAUAUACGUCUCGAUUGUUUAGCUGUUAUGAAGGGACAAUCCUAUACGGACUAAAUGCUAACGAACAGAUUUAUGUUGAACACUAAGCGUGACGCGGAUUGUAUAGUGUACUUAAUGUGUCUAGGCGAUAAUUCUUGACCGUCAAGUGUCUGCAAUUUUAGAAAACGAAUUCAGAAGACACUUAUGUUCGUAAAUGUUAAAUGCUGAAUAUUGUGAAUAGAAAAGUACUUCCUGUGGUUUUUAAGUAGUUUUUAAGUUUGACUUAUAGUUAAGGCCCCUGGGGGACAACUGGACUUGAUAGUUAGCCCUGCGCGCCUACUAUCUGUUAAUCAGUGGUUCGGAGAAUUGUACAUAAGCCGGAGAACAAAAAUGGAAAAUAAAUAGUAUUUUGGAAGAUGAGUGGAUGAAUAAGCGAGGUAUUCCAGUUCUGCGAUUUCCUUGGGCUUACGAAAUGCACAGGCAACACUUCACAUAAACCUUUAGGGUUUUUAUCAUGAUGGCUUGUAAACAGCGCGGCAAAUUACCUUGGAAGAAGAAAAUGUUUCAGACAGAUCAAAGGGUCUGUUGAAAGGUAAAUAACAUAACUUUGUCAGUCGUCAGUAGAAGACAAAAUAAGGAGGCAGAAGGGUGUCUGGAAGUGGAGGAAGAUUCAACAGAAAUGUCCCAUGUGGCGUCUUUAAAAGCAUAUUACAGACAUGGAUCAAUACCUCACGAGUCGUACGGCGUAAGUGUAGGCUCAACCUCAAUCGAAAAUAGAAAACAUUCUGUACUGGCAAAAACGCACCUUCAGAAACUUCAAGGUUUCACAGGAUCGAGCAAGGUUGACUGUAACGACUUUUGCAGAGAGCCAGAAUCCAGAGUUGAAAUUGUGCUUUUUGAAUGACUACAGCUGUCGCUCAUCUUUAAAACGUAAUACAGGUGAUCAGAGUUUCUUCAGUUUGAUGACAAUCGGAUAAUCACAAAGAAGGAAAAGUUUUGGAAAUUUAUCAAUGCAAGCUAAACAAAUUGUCUAAUCAAACUUUCAUAGAAAACAUGCAUAAAAAUAUUCAUUUUUUUGCUCAUUCGGUAGAAAAUUACGUCUUCUUCUGAUUAUAUAUUCAAAGGAGGAACACAAGUUGGUUUUCAAAAUGUGUCUAAUUGUGAGAGAUUCAAAUACCGUGAAAUGGCCGUUCAUAAUUCGUCAUGUCUCGGCAUUUACCAAUGUGGCUUGUAAAGUUAACAAUAUGGAUCAUAUCCCCUGCUAAAUUUUAUGAACCCCAUAUGGUCACCAUUUACUACCGUAGAGAAAUGUGUGGACUCCGUACGCGAAAAGUAUACGGCUUUAAGAUUGGAUACCCUGAAUCUCAGUGUGAAGGUACAGCCGGUUCAGCUUUAUUCGGGAAUUAGAAAAUGUUUUAAAACCAAGUUAUGUCCCUCUUUUGAGUAUACAAUUAGAAGAAGUAGUAAUUGUCUACCGAGUGGGCGAACAAUAAAUAUUUUUAUGCAGGUUUUCUAUGAAAUAGAAUUUGACUAUUAGGGGCGUCGAAAAUCCAUGAGACAAAUUCAUGCUAAUUAUGUAAUCAUUUUUUACAAAGUUUAAUUUUUGCAUGCAGCCAAAAGGUAGUUUAUUCAAAAGCCAGCAUUCUGUGGUAACUAAAAUAUUAUAGAAUUAUAUUGCAGGCUGACUAGUUGUACUAUCCUACUUAAUUAAUCUUUUCGAAACGAAGACUCAUUUCGGAAAUACGGUUGACAUUUCAUGAGUUAGCCCACCCAAUGCAAAUUGGUCUAUUGCAAAUAUAAUGACAACCAUAUUAAGCCACGUGGAUGUGAUUUAUAAUUUAGAGGACAUGAAGAUGAUGGCCGUGAGGGAGGAUUCACACUGAAAUUCGUUUAGUCCGAAACCAAGCCCAAGAACAACUCGUUCGAUUAACCGUUUAUGAUGCAGACCGACAGAACAAAACCGUCGCAUUUGGAUUCUACUGUUAUGGGAAAAUGCGGGAAAUAAAAUAUUAUCGCAAACGAAACACUGCUAAAUUGGAAAGUUUUAUUCUGAAUGAAAUAAUGAGAUAAAUUUGGUAAAGGACUGAGAAUCAAAAGAAUUUUUCACGAACGAUAACAUAACGCGGUGCUCAACGUGCACCAUGCGAAAAAUUAAAUUAUUAUGCUAAAACGCGUACUGCGUGGAGUCUACAAUCUGGUUUAUCAACAUGGGAAAUCCGUCAGAUGCGAGACCACACGUUACGUUGACCGUGACUGACUGUGGCUUAUGCGGUCAAUUGCUAAGGCGCAUUUGGGAGCUCGGACUUUUUAAAGAAAUCAAAAUAUCCUCACAUACCAAGAGUUCUGGAGGUCAUCAUAAUAUACUGAUAUCGUUGGAAGUUCAGAAAUACCGAUUUAAACAAAUUAUAGUCAUUCCGCUUUUCACUCAAAAUCACUAUUAGAUAUAUAUUGAAUAUCACAUUUUUAUGCAAACAACGUUGGUAAAAAUAUGACAACAAAAGAUUUAAAAACUUAGGAGGAUCAGAGAUGGUAGGUAUUUUCAACGGAGCAUGAGUGAGUUGGACAUCGAAGUUAAAAUAAAACGGAUACCCAAAGAUCAUGGGUAGAUAAUUUUAGCAUACGUAAGUCGAAAGUAUUUGAAGAUAAAUAUCUGCAAAUGGAGUUGCAGGCAAAUGAAAUUAUACAAAAAGACGGGUUGGGAUCGUACUUUAAUAGGACCGCAAUAGUGCUAAUGAAGUCGGAAAAAGAAUCAGUCAGGGGAGGAGAAGAAACGCAGAAAGCCAAAAGAGGAUCAUGAUGGAAACAGCAGUGACUAGAUGGCUUAGCCAACGCCCAUCUGUCGCGAAGCAGAUGUGCUGUAGCCUAACAAAUAUAGCAUAAACACAGGAAACGUUCUAUGCCACCAUAGUCAAAAGGACUAGGUAAAUUGUCGUAGAAUGCGUAAACCACUAGCAACGGGAGAAUAAACGAAUGCAGAAACAUUCCUUAAUUUUCCACUUGCUAAUGCAAGCUGCAUGUACAGGUAGAAAUCCGACCGCAUAAUAUUUGCUCGACUGCAGCAGCUGGUCGUAAUCAACUUAAGUUAAAUGCGUGUGCUUUCUCGAUCGGACAAUAUACUCCGUGAUGAAGGAUGCUGACGAAAAUGCAGUGAGCGACAUGCAGUUAAGGCCAGCUUUUUCAGACAUGCAAAUACGAAACAAUAAAAGCCGAAUAAGGCAUAAACGUUCUUUCCCUUGUUACUUGGGCCAUUUCAUUAUUGCGUAUUGAUUUUUUCACAAUUUUGACACAGUAUACAUACACAGACACAUUCAUACAACUUCGCGUAAUUAAUUACCUACCCUUAUUUCACACUCGCUUUCCGAACUGUAUUUGUGAGAUCAGUGAAACCAAUAGGGAUUUCAAUGUCAUUCACCAAAUGGUCCCUAAUUAAUUGAAAUGAACUGAACUGCAUGAUGAGUCAUCCGUAACUUAGGUGGUACAGAACUGGAAUCUCAUCAUGAAAGGGAUUUACUGUACAAAUAAUGUGCUUGUUUGCAAAAUAAAUAAUUCGAUUAACAGGUAUCCCACGGCAGCCUGGUGGAACGGAAUAGCCAACAUUUAAAGGGCAAAUACGAAGAAUCGAAUGGACACACGGAAGAUAAGUAAGGGCGCAAAGGGCUCUAAAAUGGAGAGGGGAAUACUUUAGAAAUAAUUCUUCAUGAUUGACCAUUCAGAGGAAAGCAAAUAUGUUGCAGUUAACGGAUAUACCAUAACCGCGGGAAGAGUACUAUAAAACUAUUAUCAAAAAGGCAUUUUAAAUUUUGACAGAAUAGAGAAACCACUAAAAACGGACGAAUAAAAGAAUGAAGAAACGUCGGUGAAUUCUUAAAUUCCUAAUGCAAAUUACAUGUAGCAAAAUAAAUCCGACUGUAAAAAUUGGCUGUGGUCAAAUUACGUUAAAUGCGUGUGCUUUCUCAUUCGGAGGAUAUACUCCGUUAAAAUAAGACGCUGAUGGAAAUGCAGUGAACGACAGGCAGUUAAGGCGCUCUUUCUCAGUGUGUUUUCUACAGUCAGCAAAAUCAGAAAAACAAAACUGCACGGGGUGUAACUUAAGCAAUGGGAACAAAACAACUUGGUCCUUGGGAGGGGAAAAUCCACGCGCACAUCCGCGUCGACUCGCGGUAAGCAAGGCCCUGCUGAAGUUAUGCCACAGACGACCUAGUUUAAAAGCGUUUGGGCAUUGCCUUUUGAUAGAAAUGAGCCUGAAAUAUGAGGUCGACUCCUUGGCCUUUGGGUUUGGUUUGAAACCACGACAAGAGGGACAAGGCUUGCGUGGUGCUAACGGUUGAACCACCUAAUCUAUAAGGUUCCACCGGUACUGCCAAUUCAGAACACAGUUUGCUCAAGUUACCCCCCGCGCUUACUGUAACGCAUGAACCCACCAAAUCCAAAACAGUUAGUUGACUGUUCAAGCCGGAUUUCCUAAGUAAUUAAAUAAAGAAUCUACCAGAAGAAUAUUGAGCCCACUAAAUGAGUUGGUGUUUUGGCAAAUAUGAAUAAGUAAUUUAACUCAGUUGUGAAAAAACAGUAGUAAGUUGAUUUGGCUAAACCCUUUAAUUAACAUAAAGAGGCCGAAAUGGCAAAACGUGGUUGUGAGCUGUUGUUGACAAAAAAAUUGACAAAAUAUAUGUUAGCACUGAUUUCUCUUUAAAGUUACAGGCCUUUUCUAGGAGAAACCAAUUAAAAAAUUAAACUACUAGGCUUGACAGCAUGUGAUGAAAAUUUCUACGUCGAUUCUGCUCAAGACUGUUCUGAUUUACUUAAUUUUUUCUUCCGGUAACUCUUAAUCCUUUAGUUAAAUUUUAACAAAAGCAAUCUUCAUAAGUGAAUGUCAAACUUCUGAUACACAUGCGGAAAAGAAAUAUAUUCAUGCCUUUAAUGCGGACUUCACACGGAUGUCUAUCGACAAAUGGUCAGCUCAUUGAAUAAUUAAUCACUGUAUAUACUGCACUUUUCGGUGGACAAAUGAAGAUUUCUUUUUAGAACAUAAAUAUAUGCGGCCCUUUUAUUACUUUUGGCGUUGCGUCAAAUGCCAGGUAGCUUAGUUUUAGAGAUGGGGUUGCGGCUGAUGUUAGGGUUGGAGGGGUUAGGAUUUGGAGUAUAAGCGUUAAAUUUACUGGUCGUGUUGUGAAACAUAGUCGAAAUUUAAAGAAAGCUCGCACCUGUUCUGAGGGGUACCUACAAGCGUAUCCAAAUGAGUCCAUAAAUAUUUCUAAAUUAUCCACGUCCUAAUGCAAACUAAAUAUAGCAGUAGUAAUACGGCCGCCAGAACAUUGCUCGAUUGCUGAAAAUGGCUCUGGACAAAUUACGAUUAAUACGCGUGCUUUCUCUAUCGGAGGAUAUACUCCCUUAUGAAAGAUGUUGAUGGAAAUGCAGUGAGCGACAGGCAGUUAAGGCGCGCUUUCUCAGGGUGUUUUCUGCAGUCAGCAAAAUCAGAAAAACAAUACUAUCUGGGUUGUAACUUAAGCAAUGGGAACAAAACAACUUGGUCCUUUGGCGUGGAAAAUUCACGCACACACCCAAGUCGACUCAAGUUAAGCAGGACCCUGCUGAAGUGAGAUCACAGCGACCUAGUUUAAAAGCGUUUGGGCAUUGUGGUUUGGAAUAAAUAUGACUGAAAUAGGAGGUCGACUCCUUGGCCUGUGUACAAUUUUAAAUUCUGCACCAAUGCAUAGCCUAUGCUUAGUUUACUAGGAUUAACUAUUUGUGCAUGCAUAUUAUUUUUACAACCAGAGCUAGUAAGGAUCUAUUGAAGGCCCCCAGUUAUCUACGGUGUACAAAGACUGCCUACUAUACGCGUUUAAUUAGGUCGUGUUUUAUUUGAUACUGGUCUAUCUUCUGACUUCCGGUUGCAUAAGCAGCUCUUGCGGUUUAUUACUUCAUCGUGGGUCUUGCCUUUCGCUGUAGCAUUUCUUACUAUUGGCUGUGAUGCAGUAUUUUGGACAGCAUCCUUUUGGAUGGGCCGCUCGUCGUAGACCUAAGCCUAUGCUAUUGUGAGACCGCCCACGUAAGGAUAACCUACCAUUGUCUGUGCUGUUAUACUUCAGGCAGCAUCCGCUCCAAUGGCCCGUUCAUCGUACACCAACGGUGUCGCUAUUGGGAGGUCGUCGGUUGACUACACAUUAUAUAACUCCCCAUGAUCUUAGCUUAGGGAAUUGGCAAGUAGUCGCGCGACUUUGCUUCUCCAUACAGGAUGCUGUUGUUCGUACAGUUAUUUCAUAUUGCCAAGAGGCCAUCGGUUGACUUCAUUCAUCAAUCGCAGACACUGGAUGGCCAGCCUGUUACAGACUGACACGGAUCACUGCACGACUCAUCCUGAGGGUACAAUCGAGUAUAUCUCUGUUGCCAUUGCAUAGCGCAGUUAUCAGAGAACAUGAGGGACUCCCUACGAUAUAAACGACAACAAAACUAUCCCUAUGUUGCUCUCCCGAAUCCUUAGUUAGAAGAAGCCAGAUGACUUCAAAGUACUUUAUAUAAUGCAAUCUACUUACUCUACUGCCACAUUUCUCUACGCUUUGUUUCCUUUACACUGGGCAUGCCUCUACUACGUGAGACAGAAAGACUUCCCAAACUUCCAUCGGUCCUACUGUAUUAAAACUAAACCAUAGACUAUAUUGCACGCCAUCAAUAUGGGCUCAUUUGACUCGGCCAGUUAGCGGCCCGUCUUCGUGAAGCUCCCUUUUCGAUCUGCUCUAAUUCAAUUUGCCUCAAUUACUGGACCGCCGAUCUUCCGGGUUUUUCUUCAUGGAUGCGGUGGAACACGCAUUGCGAGAAAGUGCCUACCAUUCAACAACCGUGUCAUGGGUCACACUUAUAUCCUUUUUACAGUGCUUUACUCGCAUUCCCCUUAGAAAAGACAACCAAAAUUGUGCUGAUCAUGAGUCGGCUGUUCUCAAAUACAGAGCCAGUUCUCAGCGUCCUCCUCGUUCGGCAUCGGACGCAUUGCAAUACAAAACCGUCUGAGCGGCGCCGCCGGACUUGUUGUUUCAUUUUGUUCUUACUCCGCAUGUCAAUGGCGUAGGCAGAAAUAGUUUUCGCUGGCAGAAAUUCACUAAUCUCUCCAAAUCGUUUUUUCUCUAUUACAUGUUCACUUUGAACACCGUGCUGUGUUUUAUUUUGAGCAAUUCUUUUGGCCUUCGCUGACCAUGACCUGUUAUAUUGAGAAAAUAAUAGCGUAUUGCGAAAAUGCAACUCCGCCACAUUAAUGCCUUCGGAUCUUCAGGAUUAAAUACCAAAAUAUUUAUACGUCACCUGCAUUCAAAAAACUAAAAUCACACAGAAGAAAUGACGCAGUCCGCCUAUUGUUUACGUUUGUGGACAUCCAUUCUGGCAACCAGAUUGAUCUGAUAUCGUUGUGAUACCGAUCAGGGAAAUUGCAAUUCCCUUCACAAAAUUACAGCGCCACGCGUCCCCUCACCAAUCUCCGUGCAUUCUCAUUGGUUUGCUUUGCAUUGUUUACAUGUCCCGAUGAAAACUAUUGAUUAGCGGUGAACUUAAAUCGAUUACACUUAAAAUGUUUCUUACUGCUUACUUUCUAAAUUUACCGCUUUGCUUCCGUUGUUUUAUGUAAGGGUAUUGUAAGUUUUGGGUCACACUUUGAAGCACUUAACUUACUUUCCUUAUUUUUGACAGAAAAUAUACCAUCGAGAUGCCCCACCCGUAUAACUCUUAUCACCAGCAUGCCCGUAGGACAGGUGGCUGUGGCCAGUUGGUGAUGCUUGGGGGCGUUCAGUAGAUCCUUGCUCCAGAACUAUCAUUAAUAUGUCCACUGUUUUAAUGGGCAUAAAAUGACUCCGCCCCCGUUCCAUUGUUGAUUUUAUCUGUCUUUACGUUAAUCUUUGAUUUUUAUCCAAAGUGUGAUUGUGAAAAAUCUCUCCUUGAGCCUAUCUUAACUCUCCAUCAGAGACCGACUGAAAGUGGACUCUCUUGCUCUCUCCAUGCGUUAUGCUACCAAAGGAGUUGAUGUGCGUGUGUAUGGUCUGUCACGUUUGUUGAUUUACGGAUGCAUGAAUAGGUCAAUCUUAUGCGUCGCGGAAUGGACCUUGAGGUCCUGACCUAACCGCCGGUCAAUCAGUGUUAUCUGUGAUCAAAUAACUAUAGCUGCGACUGAUUUUUUUAGGUGGCAGUUACUGUGCUGAGCAGAAAUUGCCUCAGAUACGACAAACAUAAAUUUACGAAGAAUACCUAAAAUGCACACAAAAUAGGCUCGAAAAUGUCCACAGCCUAGGCAGGAUCCUCCGCAUUCUCCCGAAAUCUGUCUUUUUGAAAACAACCUGGUAGAGUUUGUUGGUACCCCAAAAAGCAAUGACAACCUACUCGUGCUGCAUAUAUGCUUUAAAUGUUCCUAUGAAGCUGUUCUCUUUAACAUCACGCUCCAACUCGACAACGUGGGAACCUGAUACAAGCUUUCCGCAUUCUGCGAAAUCAGGGCUGCUGCCUCGCGUUUGGAGACUUCUUCGAGUUGGCGACUACGACCAACCUGAGAGGCCAUCCACUCAAACUGCGUGUGUCUUGUGCCCGGCUAGACACCAAAAGUUCUUCUUCUCAAACAGAUUGGUUGCAGCUUGGAAUGCCUUGACUGAGGAUGUUGUUCUGUCGGGCUCCGUAGAUACUUUUAAACGGAUGCUAGAUCAGCAUUGGAGCGCGCACCACAAUAACACCGGACUACGGCCACUUUGAAAUCCAAUGUUGACAAUUUAUUUUUAUUACGAUGCUACUACCAACAUUCAAGUAACAUGUGUUUAUGUAAUUUAUUAAUUUUGACCCACUUCGUACACUGCUGCUCGCAUUCACCACGAUGCCUGUAGACUUAACAAUUUUACUUCUUUUCCCGUAUCUUAAGUGGCCUCAACUGUCCACUGAAUUUGAUCGACAGAGCAAGUUAAUGUGCCUCUAAAUACCGUUAACGCAUGACAUUCUGUGUUCAUCUGUACAGUUUUUGCUAUUCCCCUGCAUUUCUUUCAUGUUACUUCCUCUCCAUUUCCUCCAUAUAUAUCCUCUGCAUGUAACCAAUGGGGAUUUCAAAGGUACACACCUACUUUCCCUGAAAUAUACUGAUACUGAUACUAACUCGACAAAGUCUCCGUGCAAGCACCACUAGCAGCCCUUCAUUAAUUUGUAGACUGAUCACGUCCAGCUUUUACUUAAAACUAGGAGUUUCCAAACAGUGGUCAACCUGUCACAGCCGGCCUUUCAACCGUGUUGAUGAUGCUAGCCAGAUCUCAUUAUAGACAUCCAGACGUCUGGCCCAGAGCGUGUUCUGUUCGUUUGACCGCCCACUCUUAAGAAAAUACAUUUUCUCGCGUUUCUAGAGAAUAGUAGUCAUGCCAUACUGUAUUUAAAUUGUUCCUGUUUCGAAUUCGGACCUGACUGCUGCUACUUAAGCUGCCCUGACCUGGUGGAACCAAGGCUACAACAUGCUGUUGAAACAACCGAUCACAUAUUUCUACCCUCGAAAUACUUUAGGUCUUUUCAUGCAGUAACUGAUAUAGUCACAAUCAAAGAACUGCAUUUACGGAAAUCUUGUCGUGAUCCGAGAUGGUCGUUGCCACACAAUUUCAACCCGUUGAUUCCGGGACGUACUUUCUACCUGAUUCGGCUGAUCAUCAGUAGCUUAGCGCGUAAACUUUUCUGGCAAUAAAUGUCAUUGCAAUAAAUGUCCAGCCAGAUCAACAAAUGCCGGCAGGACACUAAGAUUUUUAUCACAACGUCAAUGCAGCCAGAACAUUUUGCCAGCGGUCGGUAUAAUUUCGCCUCUUUCUUCUCAGCCGAAGCUGCCUAUGUGGUUUGUAAUAUUGGCGUUAAUGCAGCCGUAUUAAUAUUGAUAUUGACGUUAGUGAUGCUACCUACAUGUUCGUUAACUGAACCGAGAAUACGGUUCUCCUCCCGUCGAUUUAAUAAUUAUCUAGCCGCUCGUAAUUAUGGAAACUCGAGACAGACAUACUGUAGGUAUACAUCUGUCUAGGGGAUUUGUUGUAAAAACUGAGUGUCUUUCGAAAUCAGGUUGAUCGAAUUUUCUUUGUGAUCACUCAUACGAAUUUGGGUCUGGUGUUUAUUUCCUCUUUUGUUUCUUUAUCUACAAAUACGGUCAAAACCAAUAUAAAGGAAUAUAUAAUUCGUCAGUAUGGGGAAGAGGUUCUGUUAGGCUUUGAAAAAUGAGUUUACUCGCCUUACGCAAACUUCAGUGCUACCCUUAACCAGAUUGCAGUUGGUGUGCUAGCCCGCGGAAUAUUAACCGAAAUCCAUAAAUGCGUUUUUGGCUCAAAGAAAUCAUUCAAGUUUAUUUGUGAAAUCAAUAAUCAUGGAGCAUAAUUCUAAAAUAAUUCAGUUACCUCAGUAUACUGGCUUUAGAUGGAACUUUAUUUUGGCCGCAUGCAAAAACCACCCUCUGUAUGAGGGGACUACAUAGACGACACAAAUGUUUCUCAUAAAUUUUUGAAGCCCUUAGUAGGUCAAUCGUAUUUCAUGGAGAAGUUGCAUGAAAAUCUUCACAUUUUAAUCAUUUUCAAUUUAAUACUCGAUGAAAGGCUUUGAUUCCCUCAACGUCCCGGCAAUAGCCACACGCACUUUGCAUGUUUAACAUGCAGGCCAUGUUUACAAUCUAACACGAACGCCUCUCCCACCCCUCUCCCACACCGACGACAUCGUCCUCAACGAGCCGACUCCGAACAUGCCGGCGACGUGUGGACAUGGAGUCUGACAAACCCCGCCUCCAGUGACACAUUUAUACUCUAUUUUCAAUUAGAAGGAUCGUUGCUAAUGUGAAUGCAUUGGCCUGAUGACAAGUUACUGAAAAACAUAUAUUUGUCAACUGACUUUUCAAUCGCGAUACCAGAAUCUUUGCAGAAUUAAUUUGUUUUUGAUUAAUUUUUUUUGAAUUGCGCUAGAAUUCCCCACGAAUUCUCCAACUAUGAAAAUAUUUAGUUCGGCAUAUUUCUAGGUCACGCUCAGAGAUAGGAGUGACCUUGCUCUAAAUUUCAAUUGUGUAUCACAUCAGCACCACUAAACUCAACGCUAUGACUUCAAAUCUGAACCCCUCCAACUCUAACAGUAGCUGCAACCCCAUCCCUAAAACUAACCUUCCUGGCAUUUGACGCAAGGCCAAAUAUAAUGGAAGGAUGGCACAUAUUUAUGCCUUACCAAGAAUUCCUGUUUCGUCCAUCGACGAUUCAAAUAUAUACAGUAAUUAAUUAUUUCAUGAGUUGACCAUUUCUCGAAGGGCAUUCAUGUUCAGCCCGAAAAACAGAGCAUUAAUUUGUCUCUUGUCCGCAUGCGUAUCAGUAGUUUUACAUUCAUUUACGAACAAAGUAUGGUUUUACGAAUAAUUAGGAAACGGCUAUGACAGCAGAUACAUAUGAAUUCAACUGAGAACAUGCACGUUUCAGAGAUGGAUAACAGUAAGUGAUUUUCUGUUCAUUAUUCCACGUAAAGGAAUUGCUUGUAUUACCCACAUCUGUCAGCGUGAAGGAUGCCAACAAGGCGAGCUUCUGCUACACUCUGAUGUUUUUGAAAUGCCAGGCCAGACUGCCUGAACACUAGAUCAUUGUACAUAACCUUUUUAUGUUAAAUCAUGCCGUGCUAUAUUACCUCAGAUUCUGCAUAGGCCCGAGUCCCACGGCGGUUUCGUAAACGCAAUCUUUACUAUGUGGUUAAACAAACGAGAACCUCAUGCCACAUCUAAGAUUGGUGGCGUGGAGGACGCCACGUAGGCGACCUACUAUCUUACUCUCAUCCGUUUCCAAUGACAAAACCAGAACUCCUUUAAACUAGGUCAUCAGUGGUCUUACUUCAUCAGGGUCUUGUUUACCGCGAGCCAACGGGGGUGUACGCGCCGAUUUCCCACGGCAAAGAACCAGGUUGUUUUGAUUCCACCGCCUAAGUUACACCGCAGACAGCUUUAUUUUGCUAAAUUUUUGCCGACUGUAGAAAACACCCUGAAAACCUGCGUUUUAACUGCCAGUCGAUCAUUGCAUUUCCAUCAGCAUCCUUCAUGACGGUGUGUAUCCUCCAAUGGAGGAAGUACACGCAUUUAACGUUAUUUGACUACAACCAUUUUCUACAAUCGAGCAAUGUGUUUUCGGUUGGAUUUCUACUGCUACAUUUAGUUUGCAUGGGGAAGUGGAGAAUUAACCGAUGUUUCUUUAUUCGUUUAUUCAACAGUUUCGAUUGGUUCCCUCAUUCCUUAAAAGAAUAAAUGUCCUUUAUGUUAUGGUUACCUAGUACGUUUUCUGAGCUCAUAUUAUAAUUGUUAGGCUGGGGCACAGCUGCUUUGCCACAGACGGGCUUUGGCUACGCCAUCCAUUUUUCUGAUUCUAUCAUGAGCCUCUGUCCGUUUUCCUUUCUUCUCCUUUCCUGACUGACUUUUUAUUCCGACUUCAUCAGCCUUAUUGCAUCCUGUUGAAGUACUGUCCAAACCCAUCUUUCUAUGUACUUUCAUUUUUCAGCAUUGUCAUUUACAAAUAUUUUUCCGCAAAUACUUUCGUGUGCUCAAAUUAAUUCCCAAUGAUCUGCUGGUAUCCAAGUUUUUUACCUUCGACGGCCAACUCAUUCACGCUUUUUCGAAAAUACAUACCGUCGCUGAUCCUCCUGCUUUGUUAAAACAUUUGAUACCAUAUUUUUGCCGACGUCUCUAUUUGCUUAAAUAUAUGAUAUUCAAUGUGCACAUAAUGGUGCUUUUGAGUGAAAAGCGGGAUGACUUUCAUUUGUAUUGAUAAGUAUUUCUGAAAAUCCGAUGACAUCGAUAUAUUUCGAUGACCUCCAGAGCCCUUUGAAUGUGAAACAGCUUAGACAUUUUUGAGGAUUCUGAGCUAUCAGAAGCGCCUACGCUCCUAAGCGCAUAAGACUUAGUCAGUCACAGUCGACGUAACGUGUGACCUCGCAGCUGAAGGAUCUCCCAUGUCGCAGACCUGAUUGUCGAUUCCACGCUAUACGCGUUGAAACAUAAUAAUUAUUCUUCUCGCAUUUUGGCGUUAUAAAACGCGUUAUGUUAGUGUUCUUGAAAGAACUUCUAUUGAUUUUCAGUUCCUUUCUAAUCUUAUAUUAUUAUUUCAUUCAAAAUAAAAAUUUCCAUGUUCAGCAGUUUUUUUGCUUACAAUCAUAUUUUACUCCAAGCGUUUUUUCCAUAACAACAGAAUCCAAGCGCAACGGUUUUGUUUUACCGGUCUGUACUUAAAAUGAUGAAUCGAACCAGAUGCUCUUGGCCUUUUUUGUGAUAAGCGUAAUUGAGUGAGUGAAUCCUUCCUCGCGGCUCUCAUCGUCAGAUGCUCUUAAUCAUAAAUCACAUCCGCGCAGCUUACUAUGGCUAUCAUUAUUUUUGCAAUAGACCAAUUGAUGUUCGAUGAUAGAUGUAUUUAUUGACUGCAAAAUGCGAUAAUUUUGCUGCACUUGAACAUACGUAUAUCGCCCAUGCCGAUUUUCUUCAUGACCUGAUACUCAUCUGAUUUUUUUCCAAUUUGAUUUUUUACUAACGUGCCCACAUUUUUUCAAUGCAUAUGUUAGUUUAAACUAAUCUGCGUUGACGUAAAUCUGAGAGUAUGACCAGACGGUUAAACUGAUAUACGUUUUCCUUAUGCUGGCUCCAAACUCUCCGCGCAUGGCACUCAGUCGAAGAAAACGGACUUUUGCCUCCAGACUCGUCUCGUCAAGUGUUUGGAGCAUUUUGCCAGGUGUCUGUAGCGCGCAGCCCAUUUGCACACUCUUGACCUCAUGCCUCUUACUGUUUUUUUGUAUCUUGCUUUAUGUAGCACGCUUUUGCUUUUACCUGACACAUUCUGAAUUCCGAAUCACUUAAACAAAUUGUGCACAGUAAGUAAGGAAACGUAAUGAACAGAGAGACGGACAUGCGCGACAGGCAAAUCACAGUCGAAAUCCAAUGGCUGCAGUUUGCUUCUAUCUUGUGUCACUCCCGGACAUAAAGGCCAUAACAACCGCAAACACCUCGAUGAGCAUAGUAAACUAAAUACCACGGUGGUCAAUCAUCCGUAGCCUGGUGCUUCAGUAAUUGACUUAAGAUUCCUAUGGUGAAUCACAAACCAAUAGCAAGGUCGAUUAUGAGGGAUGUCCGUCUAGAGACUGGGUUUUUGCUGUUGUUACAAUUAUGCUUGGCAAAACUUCGUGUUGGUCAUUCGUGCUCAGCCAUCCAAGCAAAGCCUUAACUUAGACAAUGUUUUGACUUACAUAGUUUACUUUCUGAAACUGUUCCUUCUUUUAGAUUAUCCGAUUGACAUCAAACUAAAGAAACUCUGAUCGCCUGCAUCUUGAUAUAAAUAUGUGCUGCUGUUGGAAUCAUUCAAAAAGCCCCUCUUUAACUCCGGAUUCUGUCCCUCUGUAAAAGUUGUUACAGUCUACCCUGCUCGAUCCUGUGAAACCCUGAAAUUUCUGAAGGUUCGUUUCUGCCAGUACAGGGCGCUUUCUAGUUUCGUUCGAGGUUGAGCCUGUAGUUACGCCAUACGACUCUCGAGGUAUCGACCGGGGUCUGUAGUAUGCUUUUCAAGACGCCACAUGUGACCUUUGUGUUGAAUCUUCCCCCACUUCCACUCACCCUUCUGCCGCCUUAUUCAUUCCUCUACUUACAACUUGUGACGUUCUGUUAUGAACUUUUCAACAUACCUUUUGAACCCUCUGAGACACUUCCUCCUUCCUAGUUAAUCUUCCGCACUUUUAACAACCCAUAUUGACAGAGAAACUCUUUAAGUUAAUUUGAAGCGUUGUCUAUGAAUUUCCUCAGACCGAGGUGAAUUUAGAACAGACAUACCUCGUUUUGUCAUUCACUCAUCUUCAAAAAUACUUUCCAUUUUUGUUCUCCAGCCUAUGUGGUAUUCUCCGAAACUCUGAUUAGCAGUCAGUAGAUGCGCAGGGCUAAGCGUCAAUUCCAAUUAUCCCCCAGAUGCCUUAACUUUAAGCCAAACUUUAAAAAAUACCCAAUAACCACCGGAAGUAUUUUCUAUGCACGAUAUUAAACACUUAAAUUUUCAGAACAUGAGUGCUUCUGCAUCUGCCGUCUAAAAGGGCAGACAAUUAAUCUUCAAGAGUUAUCGCUUGGACACAACUCGUACACUAUAAAAUCCGUGCCACGCUCAUUGUCCAACAUAAAUCUGCUCCUUAGCAUUUAAUCCGUGAGUGAAUUUCCCUUCAUAGCAGCUCAACAAUUUAGGCGUAUAUUUUUAUUAUUAAAAACCACAAAACCACACCAACAAAAACGCGUUUGAAAAUGUCAACCCGCAACCAGGUAUUGUCGAAGUCACUCAUUCUGAAGUAGAAACAUCAGUUUGUUGUUAGACAUUUCAUGGACCGUCGUAUAGGUAUCAGGUUUAUUACAUUCAAAAUUAGACUAUAGUCGAUGUUCUUCAUGUGCUGAAUACGGUUUAAUGCAGUUUACUCAACAUCAGACAAUGGUCAGUUUAUUCAUAGCAACUGUGCUGGAGCAGAAGCUGCAUGAUCUCGUUAAAUUCGGCAAAAAACAAUUUUAGCUCUGUAUAAGCACGUUUACAAGGAAAGAGAAAAUUACCUCGCUCAGACAUACGUAUAUAAAUGCAACAUAAAUCCUCGCACGCCCACUAAUAUAGACGCGCCUAUCUUCUGAAUGGGCUACAAUAAAUUCAUAUUUUUCCUGGUAAUAUCACGAAGUAUGUUAGGUUACUUUUACUUACCCAGUUGUAUCGGACCAACACGCCGGUUGUUGGUAAAGUGGAAAGCGUCACCUGACAUGCAACGUCUGAGGCAGUUCUUUAAGUCGAUGAAGGCAUUUUCAUUGUUUGGAUUAAAAAAGUAUUUGCCAUAUACGAUUUCGCUCCCCGGGAUGCUGAACUGAACAGUCUGCUCCAUGUUGUUGUUCACUUUAAUUAAAAAGAUCAUGCUAUAACAACGGCGAUAAGGCAAGCAGGAACAAUAGAAUGAUUAAAAAUAGAAUGCGCAUUGAAGGCAAGAAUUUUAGAUUUACAGUUAGUCCAACCGUCGCAUUUGAAGGCGCAUUUAUCGAAGGCAUCAAAAUUUUCCCCUAUUCUCCUUAUUUCAUCGCACAUGUCCAAAUUGGGCGAACACAUUUUAAUGUAAUCCACGGAGCUGUGUUGAGCUAGAAACGAACGUUUGUUUUCAUAAGUAAAAUUAUAAACAAACUGUCAACAAUAUCUGAAUUUAAUUUAGUAUAAUUUCUCUUUUAGAACAAAGAAUGAUUAGCCUAACAAGCAUAGGGUUGAUUGCAGGCCGUGAACCUACUUACCUUGCCCUGAAAGCUGACACACCUGGACACACAUGACGUGUCUCUCGAAGGUCUUUUCGUAGCCACGUCGUCCAUAAACAUUGUAAGCCUCGCAUGGUUUACCACUUUCUUCACAAAAAUAUGCUUCUGAUAUCUCUUCUAGAUUUUCUACAGAAAUUAAAAGAAUCGGAUAGUUGUCGUCGAGGAUACUUCGAGCAUGAGUCCAUAAAUUAAUGGAACAUCAACGAACACAAAAAACAAACUGCGGAAGCAUGCAUAUUCAACAGGAACAGACCUCGCUGCUUUGCACAGGCGUCACGGCAGCCUGCGCCCUUUGUUUCGUCCUCCGCUCUGUAACUCACAGACGUGCAUUCUUUAUGCUCGCCUUUGCAGAUUUUGUAGGUUGUGGAUUUGAAGAGAUCCUUUACAGAUUUCCAUCUCCAACAGCACUUUACUAAAUGUUUUGAAAAGAACAUGAUAUUGCCUCUAAGUUUGGUUAAUUCGUAGAGGUAAUUUUAUAAGCAGACUGCAAAUUAUACGAAGAUUGCUUUUGUGAAAAUUUAACCAAAGGAAUAAUAGUUACCGGAAGAAACAAUUAAGAAAAGCAGAGCAAUCUUGAGCAGAAUCGAAGAAGACAUUUUCAUAACUAGAGUUGUGUUUAACUACCACUUUUUAUUCCUCGACAUUUUUGUUCCGUUUAUAUACUCAGAAAAGCGAUUUCACUGACAGUCAAUUGGAUAAAUCCGUUACUGGAACAACAUUUUUGUUUUCCACAUCUGCACACACAGUCGAUUUGCGGGCGAUUAAAACAAUGCAAAUCCGUAUCGUUUUUUGAGGAACACCAAAUAACAAAUCGACACACACCGCCAUAUCCUGUAUCCUGCGUUUCUCCAGUCAGGGGUUUGUUCCCUUACUAAGAUUGCAUCUCUGUGCUUUCAGGUUAAAACGAUAUGCGCGUUAAAGGGCGCAAUUUCGUUUAUUUGACGCGCAUAACUAGAUUAAGUUGCUGAUAAAUAUAAGAAUUACUGAGACGGUGAAAUGCGUGAAAGCAUUGCUACAUAAUUUAUUUAGACACUGCUGAAUCAGCAGGUUUUUCAUUUUUGCUAGACACGGUGCUUUUUCGCUGCAUAUUCUUUGCUGUCCUUUAACUACAGUGUAGAUCGCAGCUUUCACAUGAAUUUAACCCAAACACUAUCUUUUCGGCGAUCUUUGCUUCUGCUUUCUUUGUACGACCAAAGGAGAGCUUGGUUUCGCAUUUUCAUUGUCAGGCUUCUAUGUUGGACCUCUGUGUCUUAAGUAAAACAUGGUUAAAUUUCAGGUAACGAUGCUAAAUUAAAAACCCGUUCAUUUUAAUAUUUCGUAGUGAGAACCGAUUGUUAUUGCGCCUCAGUGAAAAUAGAAGCGGACAAAAUUCACCUUUGUCAGAGGUUUUGAUUGCGAAUAGAUAAAACUUUAUGGACUAAAACGCCAGCAUAUGAAAACUAUCGGUAUCGUUUUGGUCACAUUCCAGUCGUCGUUGUUAUAUGGGUACUUAUCUCAGUUGUUCUUACCAUACAGCAUGUAAUUCGCGAUGCAUUUGCGUGGUGAACAGAAUGUGACUCAAGUCACAAACCAUGCUGCAAGACAUUGGUGUGUUCAUUUUAAAGGCAUCCACAAUUUGUACAUAUUGUUUAUUCAUCAAACCCGUCUAGAAAGCUGCCAUUUUCCAAGAUAAUUUGAUGCUUUAGUUGGUCCCUCGUACAAAAUGUUUGUAAAUUGAAGGACAAAUGUUAACCUACAUACGGAUAAUUUUCUUUGUGAACAAAAGGUCACAGCUCCGUUUUGAUGUCCAGGCGUCUCACUGUUUAGUAAAGGGUUUUGUCAAAUCAGCUUGCAGCUGAAGUUUUCACAACUGAGUGAAAUUUGCCAAAACGCCAAUUCAUUGAGUGGGUUCGGUAGCCAUUUUGGUAGGUUUUAAAUUGAGUUACUUAGGAAAUCCUGCUUGAGCGGUCAACUCACUGUUUUGGAUUCGGUAGGUUCAUUCGUUACUGUAAGUGCGGCGAGUAACUUGAGCAAAAUGUGUUCUGAAUUAGCUGUACCGAUGGGGUUUUAUGGUUAGAGCAUAAGCACUAGGCCUUGCCCUUGUUUUCGUGAUUUCAAACCAAAUCCAGGCUGCUUAAUUCUCAUGAAUGUGUCAAGUAAAUCUCGUUUACGCUGUAUACUAAGCUAGAAUAAUAGCAUUCAUUUUCAUAUACUGGGCGCAUUUAAAAGCUGAAUUUACUCGUCCAUCGCUACCUGAAAGGGGGAAAUAUAGUUGGCUUAGUAAUCAUUAGGGUUGAUGAAGGCGUAUGGAAUGGUUCACACUUGCCUUCAUACAUGAAUAUGUAUAAUGGUAGAGGGGGGCCCACCGGUCGUUCUUACAGAACUCAAUCUACUCGUUGUGCCGUACGGGCUCUCUCUUGAGCCAAACCAGCAGCCGCAAAGCGGCGCACGAUAUUGGCGGACGGUUAUUAUUGACAAGGACAAGGGAGACUGGAAGUACCAUUUCUGGCUUAUUAGCUGUCGUUAGCCAGUCAUACUCGACCUCAACGUCUGUAAUACCUGGGACUCUAAGCACUGAGCUACCGGCUCGUUGUCAUGUCCCGUGCUAUAUAUAUAUAUAUAAAUUGAAAAACGGGCAUCUCAAGAAAUUUAAUUAGAAGGAUGGAAUUCCCUGGGAGACAGUAGACUUUAUUGUGUAAAUUUUUGAGUCAGCUUCCCCAGCUCGUCUUCAGACUAUGGGAGUGCAACAACAAUUAACAUUUCAUCAUCUCCGUGGCAUUGGUUGGAUCACUUUGUAUUUGUCUUUAACGAUUUUGUAUGCGAGAUCUAGAUGGAUAUGCCGGUUGAUGCAAGCCUCAUUUGGGUUUACUGUCGCCAGGAAACCGAAGUUAUUUUCUUAUUUGGCAGGCUUUAAUAUUGUGGGUGUUCUCCUAUGUAAAUCUGUGUCCAAUGUGUGCAUUACCACCUGGGAUAGAUGGUCGCGUCUCUUUACCGCGGGUUGAGACAGAUUACCCAGUUUGGCCACAACACACGGCAUCUCAACUGGAGCAUGGAACUUUGUAGACAAAAACUUUUUUUCGAGGUGGCCAACUCUGUUUUUAAGGUGUAUUUGCUGUAUGCGUAAUGUAUUUGUCGGUUACCUCAGAUAUAUUUUUUAGCAUAUGAAGGAGUUUGCCAGGUGGUUGUUUUGAUGACCUCGCGGCCGUAGUAUUGGGAAUACUUUUUCCCUGAAUUGCUAGUGCCUCAUGCAUUGACGUAUAAAAUCAUGUGCGUACGCAUUUUGGACGAAUAGUUUGUCGAGGUAUCUCAUUUCUGCCAUGUAAGUCGAAAAACUGAUGGAUCAAUUUAUACAUCAGUUUAUUGCAAAGUGGCAUAUUCAGAUGUCAUCCUUCAUUUCGAGAGAAACCACCCUCUUUCUCACAAACGGAGUACGGUGUGCAGCCUUAUAAAUCUGGCCAAAAUUCACCGUUCUGAUGAAAUAAGUUAUCAGGCAGAAAUGAAAUAUCCAUCGAGGCCUGGCAGACGGGGACAAUACCCAUCAACCGUUGGAGGGCUCUACCCAUUGCCCAUCGAGCCUUUCGGGUGCAGCUCAGUGAACAAAUGAGCAAACGCCAAUCAAAGCUAAACAUGAGUCCAAAUAUGAGCGAGUCCAUGGCGGAUGCACACGUAGCAGCCCCUCAGCUCGGGUCUGACGAAGGCGCAACCGUCAACGCAGUAGUUCAAUCCUGGCGGUUGACUUUGUCAGUAAUGCUAUUCUUCUAACAAGCUUGCCAGCAUUGGAAGACAGCUAAGGUCAAUGAAGAUACGAACUGCGGUCGCCAACGUCUCAACGCCGGCCCCCGAUGUAUGUUGAGUAAUUCUGUCACGCUCCCUCCCCUCGUCCGUCCCAGUCAUCGUGUACAUGCGGACGGUGACUUCCAAAGCUAAAAAAUUACCCCUCACCCGGCGACAUGUCGCUGUAUAACUCCCCCCGUGGCCCUUCUUCCCUCCCGCUCUGACCUCAUAUGUGAAAACCUGUCCUAACAUGACUGUCAUCCACCUACAAAUACGGUGACGCGCGACAUCACACUCAACUUCGACGAUGGACACCUUUUUUGCUUUUCCAACUUCAGGACAGUAAAACUAUGGUUCACCAGAUUUCUGCUUCUUCCAUGUGUGUCCGCGGACGCGCAGCUUAUCUUCUAUUGUAUAAACACACAGUAGGCGGGGUAAUUCAUGAAAGGUCAGUCAAAAUUUCGAAAUGAAUUCUCGUUUCGAAAGUAUUAAUUAAGAAGGGUUGUAUAACUAAACAUUCUGCAGCACACUUCUAUAAUAAUCCAAGAAACUUAUAGUGCUGGCUUUCGAAUGGACUUCUUUUCGGCUGCAUGCAAAAACCAUACUCUGCAAAAAAUGGCUACUUCGAUAGUAUGCAAUCUGCUCAUUGAUUUUCGAUGCCCUUAAACAUGCAAUUAUAUUUCAUGAAAUACAUGAAUAAAAUUAUUAAUUAUUUAUCUCAUUCAGUAAACAAUUACGUUUUUUUCUAACUUUAUACUCGAAGAAAAGACAUAAUUCGGUCUUCAAAACUUUCUAAUUCCCUAGUCAUACUGAAAACGACCUGCUAUACUACUUGCAUGCAGGCUUUCCAAACUACAAGCCAUAAAUUAUCCGUGUACGGGAAACCAUAUAUUAAGCUGAGCUGCUAAAAGGAGACCAUAUGGAGUUAUAACAUUUGGCAGUGCAUUUGAGCCCUAUUGGUAAAUGUUGAGAUAUGACGAUUUAUGAACGGAUAUGUCCCGUUAUUAAAACCUCUCACAAUAACAAACUUUUAUGAAACCGACGUAUGCCUUUACAUAGAAUAUGACGUUGAAAAUGAUGUUAUUGUUUACCGAAUAACCAAAAGAAUUGAUUCUUUUAUUCCUGUACUUCAUUAACUAUAAUAAGAUGUUUAAGGACAUCGAAAAUCAAUGAGAAAAUUGCAUGCUAUUAAAGUAGUCAUUUUUUGCUAAGUAAGGUUCCUGCAUGCAGCCGAAAAGAAGUCCAUUCGAAAGCCAGCACUAUAAGUUUAUUGGAUUAUUAUAGAAGUGUGCUGCAGAAUGUUUAGUUUAACAAUCCUACUAAAUUAAUCUUUUCGAAACAAGAACGCAUUUCGAAAUUUUGACUGACAUUUAAAGAGUUGGCCCACCGACUAAUAUAUGGCAAAGUGGAGCUCGCCGAUCGUUCUUUCGGAACUCCCUCGUUUCGUUGUGCCUUGCGGGCCUUUUCUCGAGCCCAACCAGCAGCCGCACAGCUGCGCGUGAUAAAGGCAAAAGAAGAAGUGAAGAAGCCAGCCCACACGGAUGUCGAGAAUAUUGUGAUUAACUGAAAAUUAAAAAUAUUCAAAAAAGCACACAUUUAACGUAAUUUGACUACACACAUUCCUGGCAAUCGAGCAAUGAUUUUACGGUCGGAUUUCUAAUGCUACUUGGAGUUUGCAUUAGAAAAUGGAAAACUUACUAAUGAUUCUGCAUUCAGUCGGAUAAUAUGGUAGGUACCCCUCAGAAAUAGGGGUGACAUAGCACUAAAUUUAAAUUGUGUAUCCAAACAAGACAACUAAACUCAACGUUAAGACUCCAAACGCUGACCCCUCAAACUCUAACAGUAGUUCCAACCCCAUCUCUAAAACUAGCCUUCCAGGCAUUUGACGUAUGGCCAAAUGGAAUGAAUGGACGGAACAUAUUUAUGCCCUACGAAGAAUUCUUGUUUUGUCCACCGAAAAUUGCAGUAUAUACGGGGAUUAAUUAUCCCAUGAGUUGACCACUUGUCAAUAGACAAUCAUGUGAAGCCCAAAUUAAAACCAUAGAUAUAUUUCUUUUCCGCAUCUGUAUCAGAAGUUUGGUAUUCAAUUACGAACAAAGUAUGGUUUUAUUCGCAGAGAAAAUACAAAUAGCUAGGAAGCGGCUGCGUCAGCAGAUACAUAUGGAUUCUAUUGAAAACAUUCAUGUUUCAGAGAUGGAUAGCGGUAGGUGAUAUUCUAUUCAUUUUUCCACGUAACGAAAUCACUCGUAUUGCCCACAUCUGUCAGCGGCAAGAAUGCCAACGAGGCGAGCUUCUGUUGCACGCUGAUGUUUUUGAAAGACCAAGCCAAACAGCCUGAACACUAGAUCAUUGUACAAAAAACCUCGAUGUUAAAUCAUGCAGUGCUAUAUAAUCUGAGAUUCUGCAUAGGCCUGAGUCCCACGACGGUUUCGCAAACGCAAUCCUUACUAUGUGGUUAAACAAACGAGAACCUCAUGCCAUAUCUAAGAUUAGUAGCGUGGAGAACGCCACGUAGGCGACCUUCUAACUUUCUCUCAUCCGUUUCAAAUGGCAAAAGCUAGACCCCUUUACAUUAGGUCGCCUGUGAUCCUAAUUCAGCACAGUCGUGUGUAACGGGAAGCAAGGGGGGUGUAGACGCUGAUUUUUCACGGCAAAGGACCAAGUUGUUUUGCUUCCACCGCCUAAGUUACACCACAGGCAGCUUUGUUUUUCUAAAUUUGUGUCGACUAUAGAAAACACCCCGAAAACGCGCGCCUUAACUGGCAGUCGGUCAUUGCAAUUCCAUCAGCAUCUUUCGUGACGGAGUGUAUCCUCCAAUUGAGAAUGCACACGCAUUUAACGUUAUUUGACCACAACCAUUUUUUGCAAUCGUGCAAUGUGUUUUCUGUUGGAUUUCUACUGCUUCAUUAAGCUUGCGUUAGGAAGUGGAUAAUUAACCGAUGUUUCUUCAUUCUUUUAUUCACCAGUUUCCAUUUUUUUCCGCAUUCUUUAAAAAUUAAAUUGUCCUCUUCGUUAUGGUCGCGUAGUUCGUUUUCUGAGCUCAUGGUAUAUUCUUUAGGCUGGAGCACAGCUGCUUUGUCACAGAUAAGCUUUGGCUACGCUGAUUCUAUCAUGAGCCUCCUUUCGUUUUCUAAUUUUCGUCUCCUACCCUGACUGACUCUUUAUUCCGACUUCAUCAGCCGGUAGCGAUCGGGAGAUGGCACACAAAAAAUCCGUUACCUAUAAUAAUACCUUAAACAGUGGACUCAACCGCCUUCAGACUAUAUCAGCGGUUGAAGGCCUACUUUUACGCACUACUUAGCCUUUCCGCAAUGGCCUCACUUGGGUUGGACGAACAAACUUCGCAGGAGGUUACAUGAAUGACGGUCGCUGUUACCCAACCUUCCCCAUCGUUACACACGUACACCUGAAUAUACGGCAUACAUUCGCAUUAUGGCUGUUUAUUACAAAACAUGAACACUAGGAAAUAGGUUAAUUCUGCACAACUUGCAACAGGAGCAGCUCCCAGGCAUAUGCGAAAGACAUGGCAUUGAGGCCAAACUAAAGAAGAUACUGUACUUCGUCUAUGUUAACCCACACAGCUCGACCACAUACAGGACCUCCCUCGUGGAGUUUCCUUUUAAGCCUACUCCAGUAUGCCUCAAUGGCAGUAGUGUUCCGUCUGGUGGUAGGAACCUUGAAGUUAUUUGAGUGGUUAACAGAGAAAUGUAGAUAACCUUCUAAGGGAAGACGAUUAUACGCCUUCCGAUCGACCGUUACCACAAUACUACCUUUGGCGACCCAUUUUGUAAUAACGGAACAGAGAGCGGGCCAACGUUGAUCAUUCACCUGUUCAAAUAAGGCUUUCUGUCAGCGAGUAUCGUACAUCCCGACCAGCCACCAGCCAUAAAACCCCUAUUACCACCUGCCCCGUAAGAGGGACUCUUUUGGUUAGGCGGAUUUUUUUUGGGUGUCAUCUCCCGAUGGUUACCCAUCAGCCUUAUUGGACUCUUUUAAAGUACUGUCCAAACCCAUCUUUUUAUGUACUUUCAUUUCCUACAAGUCCAUUUACGAAUAUAUUUCCGCAAAUAAUUUCGUGUGCUUAAAUUAAUUCUCCAUGAUCUGCUGGUAUCUAUGAUUUUUUGCCUUCGACGGCCAAUUCAUUUAUGCUUAUUCGAAAAUUCAUACCGUCGCUGAUACUUCUAAUUUGUUAAAAGAUUCGUUAGCAUAUUUUUGCCGACCUCUCCAUUACCUUAAACAUAUGAUAUUCAAUGUGCCUCUAAUAGUGAUUUUGGGUGAAAUGCCGAAUGAAAAUUAUUUGCUUUGAUAAAAAUUUCUGAGCAUCCGAUGACGUCAGUAUACUACGAUGACCUCCAGAGCCCUUGGGAUGUAAGGCAAUUUUGACUUGUUAAGGAUCCUGAGAUUUCAGAAGCGCCUACGCACUUGACCGCAUAAGCGCCAUUCAGUCACUGUCACUAGGUCAUUGUAAAUAAAACUUCCAUGUUAAAUCAUGCGUGCUAUAUAAUCAGAAAUUUUACAUAGGCCUGAUUCACAAAGCUAUUGGAGAUGGCAAUUGUUAGGAUGUGAUUAGAAAACCGAGACCUUCAUGCCAUAUCUCAGAUUGGUAGCGUGGAGAACGCCACGUAGGCGACCUACUAUUUCAGUCUCAUUUAUUUUGACCGACAAUGCCCAAAUGUCUUUAAAUUAGGUCGCGGAAGUCUCAGUUCUGCAUGGCCUUGGUAGACGCGAGUGAGCGCGAGUGUACGCGUUGAUUUCCCACGGCAAAGCACCAAGUUGUUUUGAUUCCAAUGUCUAAGUUACAUCGCAAACAGCUUUGUUUUUCUAAAUUUUUGUCGUCUAUAGAAAACAUCCCGAAAACGCUCGACUUAACUGCCAGUCGGUCAUUGCAUUUCCAUCAGCAUCUUUCAUGGCGGAGUGUAUCCGCCAAUUGAGAAUGCACACGUAUUUAACGUAAUUUGACUUCAAUCCGUUUUUACAAUCAAAUUUCUAUUGCUAUAUACAUAUUUUCCAUUAGGGAUUUACGAAUAAGAAUCGCAUAUUACUCUUCCUCUGGUUUUGUUGUAUCCGUUAACCACCAAAUAUUUCCUUUUCAUCUGCAUGGUCGAGCAUGGAGAAUUAUUUCCGACCUUUUCUCCUUUCCAUUUUUCCUUAUCUUCCGUAUCUUGUUCGAUUCUUCGCAAUUACUCUUUGAAGUGUUGAAUAGUCCGUUCCAUCAGGGUAUCUGGGGAUACCUGUUAUUAAAAUUAUUUCUCUUGCCUUCAAGCAGUUUAUCCGCACUGUAAAUCCCUCUCAUUUUGAGAUUUCAGUUCUGCACCACUUAAGUUAAUGUUGGCCCCUCACAUAGUUUAGUUCAUUUUAUUAAGGGAAAGUAGGUAAAUGACUUUGAGCUCCCUAUCAGCUACACUGAUCUCACAGAAAAAAAACAAUACGUAAAGCAAGUGCGGAAGAGGGCUAGAAAAUAAAUUACGCGGAGUUGCAUGAAUGUGUCAGUGUAUGUAUUCUGUGGCAGUUUAUUUGGUAAGGAUAAUAUGCAAAGCCUUUCAAAACCCUGUUGAUUACAUGUCAGCUAGUUAGAAAUAACUGUACACGCACAAAAUAAUAUUCAUUAUUAAAACAGUACUUGUAGAGAAAAUAUUUGUGGGGACGUGGGGUCUUAGUUCAGAUUCAGACUGUCGAGGGAAAACAGGGGACACAAAUAAUUAUCCAGGCGUUUCUUGAAGAGUUGCAGGGACGUAGCCUCCACGACUGACUGAGGGAGAUCUUUCCAUUUCUCCACUACCCUCUGCGUGAAAAAUUCAGAACGAAGAUUCAGCCUGGACAUUGUUGUCCGUAGCUUCAUCGAGUGACCACGAAGAUUGGGUGAAAGGUGCCACUGAAACAUGUCCUCAAAAUUAAGUCCAUGCUCAAGGCCAUGUAUUAUCUUGUAGACGAGGAUAAGAUCACCUCUUUGCUGCCUGUAAGACAGAGGGAAUAAAUUCAGGUAAUUCAGUCUGUCUGCGUAGGUUUGGCGUUAUAGACCGUUUAAUAGCUUUGUUGCUCGACGUUGUACCCGUUCUAUGUAUGCUUGGUCCUUAACUAGCCAUGGCCGCCAUGCGGUAGGCUUUAUUCUGGCGUUGUUGUCAGAAUUGUGAAAAAUCAUUACGCGGUACUGAAAUGGUCCAAGUAACGUGGGAGCAAACGUUUAUGCCUCAGUCGGUAUGCAUUGGUUCGUAUGUGCACGCCUGACGGAGAAAAUUUACGAAAUGAUUAUAGGAUAAUGUAACUAGAAUAUAGCGAGUACGAUGCUUUGUAACGUACAGUACGUGACUUAUCUCAUGAAAUCUGAUAACAAAACUGGUUAGAGUAUUUCUGGACGUCUUUAACGUGGCGCAUUUUGUUCCCUCAUCCAAGUCCUUUUCUUGUGCAGAACUUAUGUUUACCCAAUUAUAUGAAGUAAAAUAUCAGUAAAUUUUUAGCGAAAAUAUACGUUUAAAUAUAUUCGUGCAAUGUCCUAUGCAAAUACAUGUCCUGCCGUGCAUUCAUAAUUGAAGAACGGAGCCUAAAAGCGAGCAAAUACAGUGGAAAUGGCCUCAAUGUAUAGAGAAAGGCAUGUUCUUGCCUUUACGGUAGAAAAAUAUUAGUAUUGCUUAGGAACGUGAAUGAACCGUCAAAAGUGUGAAAUUUUUACUUGGCCUCGCCUUGCAAAAAUGCAAAGUACACAGAGAUCCAUCGACGGUGUACAGUAAUAAAGCACUUGCUAGAGAGUUAAUUUAUUAAGGAACGUUUUCCUACUGAUCGAAGACAUAUUCGUUGCUGACUCUCGUUGUGGACAGACAUUUUUCUCGAAAAUGAAGUUUGAUGUUUGAAUUAGUCUUGAAAUGUGACCCGAAAGAUCAUCUUCGUGAAAAUGAGCGCAUGAACACUCACUAAUUCGGAAGAAAAGUUCUCUCUAUAAACACAAAAUCGUAUGUUAACGAUCACGCCUAUUUAAAUUUAUUACGCACCGACCGGCCUCAUGGCAUGUCAUCUUAUGAAAACUUUUGAUCCUAUGACGUCCCCAUCGGCGAAAUCAAGCAAAAGCCAGCUUCUCUUGUUGAAACCUCCUCUGACUUAACUCUAAAAAGUAGAGGAACUUAUGGAACACUGGAAAACUGCUUUAGAAUCUACACCCAGAAUGUAGGCAGUUGACAAGCCGUCAUAUAUGAAGUCACACUACUUAUUAGAUUAUAUUUAGAUGUUAACUUCACUAAAACCUUGUUAUUUUAUGUCUGCUUUCAUAUUUACUACGUGUUUGGUAUGCGAAUAUAUUCUAUACAUCUAAAAACAAACUUUACUUAAUAAGAGUCCUUUCUGACGUUUUCGAGAUAUUUCGCUUUUCUAAAAAAUCGGAAUUUCUUACCAACGGAGCACUGCGUUUAAAAUUUCUUUUAUGUUUUAAUUCUUUCAAACUUGUAGUUAAUUAACAUAGAAAUCAGACUCAUAAAAUGAUGUCAGUUUGCGACUGACUGGCAAUCAUUCGUAAAUUUCGACACGUUUCAUCAGCUAGGUCACUAACUGUAUAACGUUCGGGCUGUACAAGGGGAAAAAUUUGUUACUUUCUGAUGACGUGCUGGUGCAUAUCCCUGUACUGGUCAAGCUUCCUCUUAAAUGAGUCCACGGAUGUAGACAUGAUGACGUCCAUAGGCAGGGCGUUUCAUGCCCAGCCGCCCCAUUUUCUCUUAAUUUGAGAGCAUGUCCUAUCAAGCCAGUAAUGAUGGCCGGCCGGAAAGGUGGAUGAACGCGAGACAACAAUCUCGACCCCGCAGUAUGCGAAACGUUUGAAUUAAGUCGCCACGAAAUUGACUGUGGUUCAGGGGGAAGAGGUCAAGACUAGACAUUCGAGUUUCGUAAGAUAGGUUUCUCUGAACUAAGACAAACUGGGUUGUCCGCUGUAGAACUUUUUGGAGGGUAGCACGAUCUUUAACAGACCAGGGUCUCCAGGCCUGACUGGCAAAUUCUAACUGCUAAAGCAUUCUCUGUCCAAAUUUGCAAAUGCCCGAUUGAUAAAAUAUAAGCUGGAUACUGCGAAUUCGGUUGUUUUCAAGCAGUGAAAUGAUGGCUUUAUUCAGAAUGUUAUCCACAAACCUAGAUCCUUCUGAACCUCUUCUACUGGUAGCGGUCAGUUAUUUGGAUAGUAUACCCUGCGGUGAACAGAGCUGGUUUUGUCAAUUUGCAAAAUGCUGCAUGUGGCAACACUGAACGGGAGGAAGUUUAGUUUCGCCUAUAGAUUUGCUCCAUCUUCCUCGUUCCAGAUGACUUUGCGGCAGGAUGGUAGUUGGUAGCCCUGCCCACUGAUUCUACAAUUGCACCUACUGGCUCGAUUUCGGUAUCUGUGAUAACGUUCUCAUUAUGUCUGGGGGGUGCACUUACAGAGACCCUGUCAGGAUGACUUUCUUCUUCACUUUAAUCGCCCUGAGAACGAGGCGCUGCAAGACUGUCUAUAUAGACUUAUUGUAUUGCACCCCCACACGGAAAUCUUUAGUAAUAGGCGAAAAAUUUAUCCUAAACGGAUUAUGAUUCAUCAUGCUUCCCAUUAUGCUUCUAGUUGCAUGCGCGCACAGUACUACCUGCAUCAGAUUAAUUGCAUAGGUACUAUCCUAGGUGGAUUGGCGCGGGUCUCCGUUUCGUCGGUUUGCCUGCAUCCUUGGGUCUUUUUACUCCAGACCUCCAGUAGAGUCCGGUGCGAUCGUGUACGAAAGGACAACCGAUGCGCAGUUAGGGUGUCUACCGAUACUCCAUCCACUGCAUCAGUCGUAUUGACAGAGUGUUGCUCUCCACCCCCCGCCUUUACGAACACCCCAGCUGUAUUUGGUCGCAAGGGUUUGGCUGAAAACUAUGACGCCUUGUAAACACCGCCAUGGCCAGUUAGCGAUCCCAUCCCGCACUUCCAGUUUAAGGCACUACGGCACCCCCCCGGGCGCUUCGACAUUGCUGGGUUUGAACUGGUAGCACUUCACCUACCACAUCGCGCACUUACUACCUCUUGAGUUCAGACUACAACAGCAAGGCGUCUCAUACGUCAGUCAGACUCGGGGUGUUCACCUUCCUCGCAUUUUUCACUAUAUUUAAAUUAGGUUUCCACUUUAACAGGACCGUCAAUUCCAGGCAUUCCCUACAAGCGCCAUUUACGCCUCCACUCAUUUGCCCCACCCAUAUAGCCCCUAAUACCACCGGUCCCGUAAGUCAGGUAGCUGGGAGUUUUCGGUACCGGGACGGCUACCAACUACCAUCUAACCGACAUCGCAAAGCUUAAUGUCGUCAGCAAACAUGGUAAAGUCGCAGUCUAACUCUCGGAUACUGUUAUAAAUAUGCAUGAGGAAGAGGAUAGGACCAAGAACGCAGCCCUGAGGUACGGCGCAUACAAUCUUCAGCCCCGCCAAUUGUUGGUCAUCAAGACGGACAGUCUGCGAUCGACCAAUCAAGAAGUUUUUGAUUAACUUCAAAAGUUUGCCUCUUAUCCCUGUGCGGCUGAGCAUGUUAGGAGACGUUGAUGUGCAGACCUAAGGCCUUCUUGAAGUCCAUGUAGGCCACAUGCACCACUUUUGUUUCUCCAAUCGCUCUGGUCCGCCGUUCCAUAUAAUAAAGUAAAUUGAUCUAGCAGGACCUUCCUCUGCAGAAUCCAUGCUGUCCAUUAGACAGAAGAUGAUGUUGCUCUAAAAAUGCAUCAGCUUUCGUUUGAUAAUUCGCUCCAUAACUGUGCAGCUUAUCGAAGUGUGACUCACUGGUCGGUAGUUGUUUGCAGAAACGCGAAUGUCACCUUUAGAAAUAAACGAUAUCCACAUAGUUUUCCACUCAGGAGGCAGUUUGCUGACAUCGAUGAAGUCUUGGAAGAUACAACAGAGGUUCCGCCAGUUCUGCGGCUAACUGCUCCAACAACUUUGCUGAUUUGUCAUCAGGACCUGGUGAUGCCGCUUCUUCCGACUUCAGCCGUUCUUGUUGAACAAUAUUUUUCGUGAAAAUCACUCCGUCACUUGUUGGGACCUUAUCCAAAUUAUACUUAUUAGUGGGUAAAUCGACUUCCCUCAUAAAAAUCGACUGAAAGAACUUGGAUAGAUGUUCAGCCUUUUCGGCGUCCAUGCGAGUUUCAACGCCGUCAUAUGUUUUUAAUGUAGGAAUGAGAUGCCUAUUGCGAGUGAUUUGUCUUAUGUAGUUGUAGACAAGCUUUGAUUAUUUUCCUGCAUAGUUUAGCAGGUUACUCUCGACGUCUUGGCGGGCUUUGCACACGAGGUACCUUACUCUUUUUCGCUGAAUCUUUUACCUAUUCGAUGAGUCGGUAGUCUUAUCCCUGAGAUGAGCAUUCCACAUCUUUUGCUCACGGUUUACUUUUCCCUUUCGUAAGCACUUUAACGAUCGGGCCCUGUUGGUGAUUUCCUUUCCCGCACAGGGGCGGUAUCUGGUGAUAGGUGUUUGCAAAACGGCCCUAAAUCCUAACUAUUCAUCGGAAACACACCCCGUGAAUAUUGCUUCCCAGUCUAUUCGUCGCAUAUUGAUAUGCAUAUGAUUGAAAUCUCCCCGCCAUAUGUCACGCCUGACCGUGAUUCUACGACCAGUUAUAGAGAAGAGAGAAAACUCCCACUGUAGGACUACAUGGUCGCUUUUUCCGAGAGGGUGUAGCCAGUUUACGACAUCUACACUGCCAGGCUUUUUUGUCAGUAUAAGGUCCAAGGAGCUGGCUAGUCGCUCUUUACGUAGCCUGGUUGAAGAUGUGGCCGGUUGUAUUAUUAAGCUUACGGAUAAAGCACAGGAAUAUUUUUAAUUCUUGUAACUUUGCACAAAGCCCCCUGUGUUCUCGGUGCCAGACAUCAAUUCGGGGUCUUGCAGGCGCAUAAAACAGCAAAUAGCCUAAUCUUAAUAGGAUUGAAAGAGUGAUUUCCAGGUCAAGGUCGAGAAAAAAAGAGGCGGGGACACUGUACAUCUCUGCAGAGCAUUACGCUAUCUGAUUAGUUUCAGUCCACUUUAGUUUACUUAGGAGAAUGGGCGUAAGACAUUGAGUACUCUAUUCACGUCGUAAAAUUGAAAUCAAUGUAAAGAGAAGCCAAGUGAUCUGAAGAAGUUAAAAUUAACCCAUAGUAGUGUGGAAAGCUGGGUGCGAGUUUCGAGGAUUAAGCUUGAUCUCUCAUUGACCUUGCGCAUUUUGGAGCAUAAAUCUGUCCGUGUUCCUUUUAAAGGUUACCGUCUAUGGUAGCAUCGGAACAUCUGCGGCAAGAGCAUUCAGUGAUCAAACAACUCUGACGGAGAAGGAGAAAUUCCUUACAGUCAGUCUUGCCUACUGAACGUCCAGUUUUAAUAGGUGACCCCGAAGGCUGAUCGUGAGACUGCAUUCAAGAGAGCCCUCCAAAUUCAGGCUGCAAACCAGUCUCUCCACAACGCAUAAUGCAUGCAAAAAAAAUACUCGCGCAAAUGCCAUAACUCAAACAGUGCCGUUCCAGCUAUGUUGCACGGGGAAGGGAGUUUUAUCCCUUAACUAUGUGGUUGCCUCAUGUGGACUGUUUUAGGACUAAUUUGAUCCUAAUUUGUGAUCAUAUCUGUAUCUUGAAGAUUUUGCCGAAGAUAUCUUUAUCGAAAUCCAUAAAUGUUCGUUUCAAUGAAAGUAGUACAGACCUUGCUUCUUUCCAGAUCUCGAGCAGUAGGGGGAUCGUUUUUAGGAGUUCGUCGUUGGCACACUGAAAUCCUUUCGGACUUUCACGUCCUUUGAGCUGGAACGAAAAGGAAAAUCAAUUUCUUGUGCUGGAGGAUUUGGCUGGGUUACCUAGGCAAAUUAUAGGGCUUUUGUCGAGGUUGAUCUGUAUGAGACAACGGUCUGACCCCUUUUACAACCCAGUAAGAUUUAUUUGCAAUAUGCCUUUGCUGAACGGUCUCCAGAUUGCACUCAAAAUUGAGAAAGGUCAGAAAACAUUAUCGGUUACGCAGUACGAAUUUCCUGCGUAAUCGUCCAUGUAAAUAAGGGAGAAACUUCAGCCCCAGUACUUAAGCCUGGGAAACAAUGCUAUCUACUACAAGAAAAUUAGAUUUAGCGUAACCGGUCAUAUUGACCCAACUGCGAAAAACUUGGCGCCUCGGUGGCAUUCGAAACCACGACAGCAAGGGUAAAGUUUUAGUACGCCCAACGCUUUAGCCGUCUGAGCUAAGAGCCCCCCCCCGGAAAACGUGAGUUUAAAUACAUUUCGGUGGGUUCUCGUAGAUCGUUGGAUGUAUUAAAGCCUCCCCGUGUUUUCGUGAGUUUGAAUCCUACCGAGGCGCCAGGUUUUUCACAUUUGACUUAAUAUGAUUUAUUCGAAAUCUGCCAAAACAUCUAUUUAUUAUCGUAACCGAUUUACACAACCUGCUGUCGGCUCACAAGGAAGUUUUCAGUUCAUUAAAGGAAGCAACCUCUUAUCCCUAUUCUUCCGAAAUUAUAUAAGUCUCUGGUGUUGCACGCUGUCGAAAGUCUUCUUAUAGUCAGUGAACGUCAUGCUGUGUGCAUGCUGUCAAGAGCUCGGGUAUAGCUCUGGAGACAUUGUGGAUGUUUUCGUGCAGGAUCCUCGAUUUCGGAACUUGUUUUGGCAGUUGGGUAGUAAGUUAUGAAAUUUUGGGAAUAAAAUUAAUUCGCUCGUCAUAACGUUGCUGAGAAUGCAUGUCAAACUAGUUGACAUGUACUCAGUCGUCGGUGCCCGGCCGACGCCUUUGCAUAGGGGAAGGCACAUACGUCAGCUUAUAGUCGUCAGAUAAUACUCUGAAGGAAACAAAAGCACGAUCACUGGGACGCACAUUUAUUGGCCUUAGCUUCCGAACUCCAACUGGAGUUCAUCAUCAAAGACUGCUAGAGUGCAGCAACGUGUGAACAUUAAUAUCGUUGUGCCGUGUGGGGGCGGGAAUGCACACAUGGCUGGGCAUGAUUUGUGCUGCCUGGCCCACAAUGGUUCCCCAGUGUGGUGACGGCGAUUGUACUUAGCGGCGAUGUGAGCUGCGGCACCUGGCUGCGUGGGCGGAGCGCAUGAAAACACGCUCGCAAAUAAAUGUGUCUAUUGAUAGAGUUGGUGUCCGAAACCCACGCCUCCAACAGUUCUCGCCCAGUCUUGUUUCCGACUGACGCCAAUAUCCGCAUGUUGAUGGAGUCGAACUCAUGGCCUUUCUCCAGCGUGUGAGUGUAGACUUGAGAUAGUGGUCGCCUCUACGAACGGCCGUUUGGGCUCAAGUAUUCGUAAGCUGAGACGUAGUCCUGUCUGGCCUGUGUAGUGGCAAGGGCAAUCAUGGUAAGGGAUUUGAUAGACUACAUCAGACUGCUCACCUGCGUCCAGCCGAUCCUUCAUUUUCAUGAUCCUGCCACGCAAGGUAGCCACCCGAUGAUGAGCGGUGCCCACGCCCAACUCUGGCGCAAUGCGUUCUGUGGCCUCGGACACGUACUUAAUGUACAAUUGGGAGUGUCAACCUAUUGGUGUCUCUCUUCCGUUUGUCCGGCGUGGGUGCGUGCGUAUGCAGCGGCGGAUGAAAUUAUUUGGUUGGCCGUUUAUUGUUAACUGGUCCCUGAGUUGCCGUAGUUCUUGCAUCCUUCCACCCAUUGGUGCACAAACGGGACUGUGUGUGGGCGCUUUUCGACAGGGUAUAAACGCACUGUAGCGAGCCCCAAGGAAGGAUGCAAGAACUACGGCAUCUCCGGGACCAAUUAACAAAGAACGGCUACCCAAAAUAGCUUUAUCAGUCGCUGCAUACGCGCACACCCACGCCGGACAAACGGAAGAGAGACACCAAUAGGUUGACACUCCCAAUUGUACAUUAAGUAUGUGUCCGAGGCCACAGAACGCAUUGCGCCAGAGUUAGGCGUGGGCACCGCUCAUCAUCGGGUGGCUACCUUGCGUGGCAGGAUCAUGAAAAUGAAGGAUCGGCUGGACGCAGGUGAGCAGUCUGAUGUAGUCUAUCAAAUCCCUUACCAUAAUUGCCCUUGCCACUGCACAGGCCAAACAGGACUACGUCUCAGCCUACGAAUACUUGGGCCUAAACGGCCGUUCGUAGAGGCGACCACUAUCUCAAGUCUACACUCACACGCUGGAGAAAGGCCAGGAGUUCGACUUGACAUAGUGGUCGCCUCUCCGACCGGCCCGUGAGAUGUUAGCUACACACCAGGUAUCGUACGGGUUCAAAAUCUGUUGUGCGUUGUGGGCCGGCCUUUUAAGCUGGUUGCAUAACCAUAGGCUAGUACGAACGGCAAACCGAAGGGAGUAUGAGAGCAAUCAAGGAGCCGCUACUAUGGACAUCACUCAGAAAAGAUGAGGAGUCAGCGACUGCCAUUUCGGGGAUUCAACCUCGACACCACUAUCGGCGUCUAUGCCCCAACAAUAAAUAGCUCUGAUGACGCGAAGACCAGAUCCUACAAAAACCAGCAUGCUUUCCUGGCGUCUGUGUCGAAGGCGUAUAAGUUGAUUGUCCUGGAUGACGUUAAUGCCCACGUCGGGACAGACUGCGCUGCCGCGGUGUGCUGCGUCCCCACGAAAAUCGUUUCAUACUCCUGCAAACCUAACCUGAACACCGUCUCCUACUGACCAACAACUUUUCCGCCUGCCGAUGCGGAAGAAGUCGACCUGGAUGCAGCCCUGACCGCGGCGCUGUCAGUUGUUGCACUGUGCUCUCAUCUGACGUCGAGAUCGGCAGGACAUGACGGUGACCAAGGCGAUCUGCGAGACCGAUGUCUGAACGGAUCAUCGUCUCGUUAUCUCUAAGGUGAGGCUCCGUCUACGAACCCGCAAGAGGCCACAAAGCAAGCGACCUCCAGGACAGCUGAAUACUGCUUUGUUGCCUUUACCUGUUCACCGCUUACAUUUCAGCAAUCAACUGACUCAGCGGCUGGAAGAACUGUAAGCUGCAGAGAAAACGCUCCUGGAGACUCAAUGAUGCCGACUACGGGACGCCGUUCACUCGACCACCCUGGCUGUCCUCGGCCGCGUCCGUCGCCAGCAUCAAGAUUUGUUUGACGAAGAUGACGUCGCCAUCAGUAACCCGCUGGUCGAAGAGAACAGGAUGCACAGAGCCUACCUCAACCGCCCAACCGAUGCGAACAAAGCAGUAUUCAACCUAUGUCACCGCAUAGCGCAGCAGUGGUUUUGAAAAAUGGCUCGCGGAGCCAAGGAGUUUCAGGGGUAUGCCGAUCACAAAGAAUCGAAAAAUUUCUUCGCCGCAAUCAAGGCGAUCUACGGCCUUCCGAACAAAGGAACUGCACCGGUUCUCAGCUCCGAUAGAUUAACGCUUUUGAUUGAGAAUCACAUAUUCUGAAGCCCUGGGGAGAACACUUCAGAAACCUUCUCGGUCGCCCCUCCACAAUCUCCGACGACGCCAUCGGCCAGCUAUCCAAGUGAAAAUCAACGUCGACCUGUACCUCCCGCUUUCCUUCCAGAAGGCAUUUGUGCCGUGCAACAAGUCUCCUGCGCGGGGUCCGCCAACCUCGACCUGGUUAUCAACACGGAAAAAACAGUGGUCAUUCAUCAAGCGUCACUCAGCAUGCAACACUGCACUACUCUUUGCAUCACUGUCGACGAAAAACAACCUCAAAACGUAAACAGUUUUGCUUAUUACGGAAGCACACUUCCCUGCAGCACGAGAAUUGACGAAGAAGUGGCCCACCGGAUCUUCAAAGUUGGCCGGCUAAAGAACUCCUUGUGGAUUCGUCAUCAUCCCCAACUAAAUAAUAAACUGGAGAUCAGCCGGGAUGUCGCCUUGAUGGCACUUCCUACAAAGCAAAGAUUCGGACCGCCUACCCCAACCAAGUCAGAAAACCCAACCACCUUCAUCGCAGCUGCCUUCGCAAAACUAUAAAGCCGAAAUGGCAAGAUAAGAUACCCGAUACACAUGUAUUAAAACGGACCCGAAUCCUUAGUAUCUACUCCAUGUUGAGGCAACAGCAGCUGCGUUAGAGCGGUCACCUUUCAAUCAGGGAAGACGCACAUCUACCGUAGCAACCUUUUUAAAUGAUGUCGCCACAGGUACUCGUCGACAAUAAGGGGGAAGUCGGCGCUAUAAGGACAUUGAAGGACUCUCUGAACCGGCUAUAAAUCAACCCGGAGACCUGGGAGAACCUCGCCAAGAACGGAAUAACUCGGCGGAGAUAAGUGAAGACUGGCACGUCCAUUUGUGAAGUAAAUUGGAUGGCAGCCGAAAAAUCCAAAAGGGAGGCUUACAAGUCACAAGCGUCUCACCUUCUCAAUGCCUACUCUUAACCUCUUCCAAGAUCUGCGCACAUUGCGCGCGCGAAUCGGUCUCGUGGAGCACCUUUCGAUUCAAUGUGCCAAUAACCAGACAGCGUUUGCUUCCCCCCCACUCUUGCCCCUGUCGCAAACCCCGCGACGAUCACUCCCGUCACCGCCGAUCAGACUGCCCCUGCCCGCCACCAUCAACCACCGUCAUCAUCUGCCCUGCCCCAACGACUGAGUUGACCACAGCGAUCAGCUCCACCACCACAACGACGCCACGCACUUCCCCACCAACGAGACGAUCUCCAACGACCCGUCAUCUAUUACCAUUUCCACUAACACCUCCACCUUUAGUGAUGUGGAAUCGGCCCAUGCCUGUCCUCAUUGCGGUCGCACAUACAUCCCACACAUCGGCCUGGUCAGUCACUUGCGAAUCCAUUGCACAGAAACUGGCGAGUCAGUGCCUGCAGCACCAACCUGCACUCGUCGCAUCCGCCUCGACUGUCCACGCAGUCAUCCCCCCAAAUUCACUCAUCGCAUGGGCCUACUAGGUGACGUGUAUCCACGACAGCGGAACUCACGCAGUCUAGACACACCUGAUACAUCUUGCACAUCCACCAUGCCUAGUUCAAUCCACGUCCCGCGGCCUAGGGCGCCCAUCACCGGCAUUUAUACCAUCGCCACCAUCAGGGAAACCGACUCUGACACUGCCGAUCUAUCUUGGCCGCACUGUCCCCCACAUUUGUCUCACCCAUUGGUAAAAUCGGCCAUUUUCGAAUCCAUCGCAAAGAGGCUGGCGAGCCAGUGCCUAGAGCACCCCAACAUACACCAGACGCAUUUGUCACAACUGCCCGCACUGCCCUCGAAAAUUCAUCCGCCACAUUCACGAAAACCUGCGAUAGACAACCUCCAACUACAUCACACCUUCCGUCAUCUGCACCUGCACCACACAACCACAUCACCCAACACCACGCAGCGCAAGGACUCAUAUGCCACCGCCUACUCAAGUGCUUCAGGAGGCUACACUGCUGCUCUGAUCCGAGCGGAAACUAUCACGGAGAGCCAAGAGCCGUGGCUUAGAAGGCUGCCGACUGACGCCUUGACUCAAUCCCCACAGUCAGCCUAGCUGUGUGUGCUUGUUUGGAGUCGCGGACUGGUGAGCUGAGAGCCAGGCCGCCACCGCUUCUUCUUAAUGUGACCUCUGGCAUUCCAACAUAUGUGUGGAGUGUGUGUACAUACGAGUAAUACCUCUCAGUCUACGCCUGACUGGUUACUCAGUCUGUGAAGGAAGGUGGUCCAGGCUCAGUGAAGGGCUGUGGUUCGCUCUUCUGGGUCUUACGGGUUGUGAACGCCUGUUACACCUCUGUUCAGCAAACCGUGGCUCUUGCAACCUGGUGUGCACUGACACCUCGCACCUGGCACCUGGCUUUCUGCUGGUAGAUGCGUUUGCGCUCCCGCCAUGUAUAGAUAUCGGGAGCAUUACUGCCCAGUCAUAUUCGUCGUAUUUUUGACCCUUUGUGGUGCUGUUUUUCUUAUUUGAAAUCCUGGUUGGGUGUUGUUGUGGACCAGGGGGUGUAGUGAUGCGCCUACGUGAGGGUCUGACCGUGCUAGCCACCUUCGCCCUCUUCCGAUUCCAGUCUUCUUGUCUAUGCCUUGACGUGGGGUGGGGGAAUAGAGAGUGUGGCAGAUGUUGCGCAAAACCACCAUUAUUAUUAUAAAAAGCACGCAUUAGUCACCGUACAUUCUUCAUCUUGCUGUGGUACACACGGUAAACAUCGUUGGCUGCGACUGUCGAGCUGUCACCGUAAACCAACAGCGCGUCGUGCCGAACAAAACUGUGCAAACAUUUUACAGACACCAAUUCGAAGUAAUUGAAGCGGGAUGCCUCAAUGCCCUACUAAAUUGCAAUCUUUGCGAAAUGAAGUUCACUCGGGUGUCACGGACUACUUGACAAUCUAUAUUGAUAGAUUCCACGUGUUCUGAUAUGCGCUUCUGCAACCGUCUGCCCGCAGGAUGUCUACAAUAUGGCUGCACAAUCCCAGCAGAAGCUUUUAAAGAACAGUUAACCUCGUGAAAUUAGCUGGAUUUAUUGACAUCUCGAAGAACCAUAAUGGCAGUUCUGUCUAGCAGUGUGAAGUUAAAGUAGCCGAUAAACGGAAGAUUGUCAUCGAAUAACAUUUGAUCCCAGAGGAUCCACGUUAUAGUCACGGGUACGUAGAGGGAGCACAAUCGUAACUUUCCGCACUAAGACGACUACGAAAUGUGCCUUAAAAUAUCUCACGCCUUAACUCAAAAUCCGCACCGUACUGCUGCUCAAGGGACGUCAUCACCAAUCUUUUGUUUCUAGCACUUGUGUGGAGAGAAGAAUGAAAACGUCAACGUCUGUAAAUGUCUAACUGUAAUUUGACAGUCUGAGAAUAGGCAACUAUCGGUUACGCCCUCCGGAUCCCAAGCGACGGUGACGGCAUUAAAAGGAAAGUAAACCGAAAGGGGAAGCUGAAAUCGUUUUGGUGGGAAAGGAGCCAAAGCUAAUAUGGAAGAGGACAACCUGACGUAUACCGAUUCUUCCGUAAUAAUGAAGAAAGUCCUGCAAUCCCAGCACAAAACCUAACUGACAGGACACGCGGGGUAGGAACACCCAAAAACUUAUGUAAAUCCAGGUAGUAACCUCAAAAGUAAACCUGAACCUUGAGUUAAUUGCAAAUCUUACACUAACCCUAAGCGUAACACUAAGCCUAACACAAACCCUUCAGCUAACUUUACCUUUAGUGUGCAUGUUGAGCUUACUCUUGGGACUCGGACAGCGUAACCAGUCUUGGCCUACAAAUAUUACCUAGCUUCUUGAAGUAUCUAAUGGAUUUCUACCUAAAUGCUCAUAUGGACCUCCGAAACGAGAUUAUGACAUUUUGGGUCGGAUAACGCAUUAUAUUUUUCCUUAUUACUUUCCCGAGUUAUAAAAGUGGCAACAUUAAUAACUACAGUAAAUGUCAAUUAGCAAUGCACUUAGGAGAAAAACUGUUCGCAACUGCGUAACGCAGCAACACUACAUUACCAAAAAUGGUGCCUUGGCCAUUUCCUAGUAUCUUUGUCGCUAAUGGAGUAUAGAAGGGCAUAUGAUUGCCUGUUUGAUUGAAUGUGAGUAUUGUUCGUUUUUGCCCCGAAAUCUGAUGAAUUUCAGGUCAAAUAUGCAUACCGACUCUCAGGUCGGGCAAAAUGAGUACUGUUCUGAGGGAUCUAAUCAUGCAUGUUUGUAGCUUGCAAAUAUCACGCGGAUACUCCACAGCAUCCGAUCAACUACAGCCCCAAUAAUCCUAUUAACUUUUUAGUCGUGGCCAAAAAAUGCUUGGUGCAUGCUGCGGGGGACAGGAAGUGUCUAGCAUGCAUAUGUGGGUUCUUCACCUUCGUCAUUCACUGCGUCCGAUCCCGCCUCUAGGUGUCCUGACACUUUCUUGAUGUCGGAGCCAGGUGAAUGAGGGAGAGAGGGCGCUGGAGGCAGCACACUUCUGCCCCCAUUAAAAAUUUAUUUACGCGCAGGUGACCCUCCUGCGUUUACUCAGUGGGAUACACGCUGGACCUAGUCUAAUCAUUAACCGGCACAACUGCGAGGUCCAGGUGGAGGUGGCACAAACUAGGAUUGUUGUGUACGGAUUCCGAUCUGCCGCCAGAAGUAGCAGCGGACGCUAAUGAGAGCAAUCCCCGCCCUGACAGAGUCAACUCACGACACAGAGAGAGAGAGAGAGUCGGUGGUGUCAUUCAAGUGACUGGGAAUGAGUGUGUUUGGGAUAGAGUAAAUUGACUUUAUCCCAGGAGUACUUAGGACGACCGCGGAUGACCUUCAGAGAAACAAAAAGGCUGGCUAUGUCGUCAUAAUGAAUAUCUACAAGUUAUCUGUUUUCAGAAAUUCGUCUUCAAGGGUUGAGAAGAAUAGUUCACACUAGCUGGCUGUCCGCAAAUUGGUACUAUUAAACCGUUGGAACUAUUUUGUUAUCUUCUACUAAGACCAGAGCGCACUGAAUAGCGCUGGUACAUACCCCGGGUGGCAUUAGUAAUUGAUCUGACCCGAGAGUGAGUCUUAUCGUAGGUUUGAACCUCGGUUAAGCUCACUGACCCGCAACCACCAUGCGCAGCCAACUCUUGCUUGCAAAUCCGAACACUGUUCACUGAAUAAUUAUAUUUCGUCAAUGGAGUCGACGCUUAAUUUUCUAUGAGAUUGCGCAAUUCAGUCUGGACGAAGGCUGGAGUCAUGACUUGGCGAGAAUUAAAGAAGUAAGCGGAGGAGUGAAGCAUUAUUACAGGUAACCAGUAGCUAUUUCUGACAUUAACAUUGUGGACAGUAGUAUAAUCGGUCGGCCUGCAAGUCCCUAUGCAGGCGCAGUAUACUCGUGCUGACUGGUUCAGUUCAGGCUGUACGCUUUGUCUAUUCGCAGCUUGAUUCCUCCGCCUAAGUGUAUUCCAGAUUUUCGAUGGGAUAAAAAGGACACCAUUAGCAGGCGUUUUACGCAUGUCGUUUGUGGCGGAGGAUAUGGACGAUGCAAAAUAAAGAUAGUAAGAGUGUGUACAGUCAGUGACCGACCUCAUGAAAUGUUGGCUGAAAUUCUGAAAUGCGUUUUCGACGAGGAAGGAUUUCUUAGGCGGGGUUGUAAUAAUGAUUAUCUUGCGGCAUAAUCCUUAAAUAUUUCGGACUUAUCAGGAUGUGUGCUUUUGAAUGCAUUGCUUCUUAAUCUUCUGUAGAAAACCUAUUCGUCAAAAAAAUGACUAAAUAUUUACCAUGCAUCUUUCCCAUUGAUUAACCAUGCUCUUGUAAAUUCAAAAAAAAUUAAUAGUGAAAAUGCGAUUCCCGGGUGAAAUAUCAAAAUAAGAGGAGGCGUUCACCGGCAGAGGUGUAUUUGAGGUCUGACGUUUCGGGUAGUCGUUUCUUCUACCCACCAUCAGAGACUGAGCAGUCGUGCACACAGAUUUCCUUUUAUGGCGCACUUUGUUCGAUGCCUGGCCCACCAAUGCCGCCUGUGUGGCUGCAUCCGACCCGCAUGUCACCGUGACCUGAACCCCGCCCAUCUUCGUCGGCCGCGGUGAUAAUUGGCGGCCCCGAUUGUCCCGCGCCGUGACUGUCAACCGUCAAGAAUGUCCGUAAAACCAGAUAAGCGGGAGGUAAAUUGAUGUGGCGGUUGACAGAACAGUCGGUAGACAUCCAGGCUUCUUGCACCUGCCUUGCCGUAUGAUCAUCACCUCGGUCCACGAUUUCAACGGCGUCAAAGUUGAAGACGUGUCCCAUUUGGACGGCAUGGGUUGCUACCUCCGACCUUGGGUCCAACCUUCGCACGGUCAACUUAUGCUCGUGCAUGCGCGUUUGCAGCCGUAGGCCAGUUUCCCCAACGUAGUUACACAUUCCGCAGCUGCACUGAAGUCGGUAGACAACAGCCGACAUCUCCUGUUUAGGGAUCGGGUCUUUUGGCCGCAUCACUUGCCGGCGGAUUGUUGAGUCGGGCCUGUGGGCAACGCCUAUUACGAGCGGCGCGAGGGAUCUGGCUACGGCUUCGGAGACCCCUUUCAUGUAUUGAAUGCUCCGCCACGAUUUUGGCUGAAUAGGUUCUUCAUUCCGCUUCCUUGGUUGCUUUCGACUCCGUUCAAGGAAUGUUCGCGGAUAGCCGUUAGCUCUGAAGAGUUCUUGGGGGAGCUUCAUCUCGUCCAGUUUGGCGACUGGAGUGCUGCAAUGAGUUUCCACCCGUCGCUAUAGCGUGCGUAUACAGCUUCCUUUGUGUUGCAGUGGGUGGUUGCUGUUGUAACUGAGCAUUUGCAGCGUGCUCGUCGUUUUUCUUUAGACUGACGUCGCCAGUUUACCGUCUGGUUGGCGAUAGAUGAGAACAUCCAAAAAUGGAAGUUUGAUCUCCACUUCUUCUUCCAUCGUGAACUGUAGGUCGGGGAUGGUUGAGUUCAAUAGUUCUUCAUAGUAGCUAAUUUUGCCCUGAUCGAUGAUUACGAAGGUCCUAUGUCAUUCGCUGGCUAUGACGGAACAUCUUUUGUUUAGCCAGUUCCGUGUUGACGGGAGGGUUGUAAGAUUGUCACCUACGGCUAAGGAAGUACGCACGCAAUUCCGACAAUUUCCGGAGGCUUAUUACACGCCGUUGUGGUGAAUCGACCGAUAUUACAUUGGAGAACACCUUAUUAUCAUUGGGACGAAAGAAACUUGCUAACAGGGAUGUUUAGUUUUCAGUAAAGUUCAUGGCCCUGCAAACCGCACAAUCCCGGGAACCUUAACAAAAGUUAGUACACAACCUCUCGUCGAAAAGUCUUACUGUGCUCCAAACAAAAGUUCUGCAACGUGGAUCUGGUUUUAACACAACUGACGCCGACCCGGUCAAAUUCUUUGCUUCUUUCGAAUCUGUGCUACGUCAAACCAGCGCCACAGAUGAGGCAAAAGGUCUCCUCCGACAUCGAGUCUCUUCAUUUCUCAUGUCACACCGAAAAACUCAUUCGUUGCUAAGAGAUGAACAAAGGGCCCUAAGGGAGUUGAAAGCGGACACCGAAAUAGUUAUUUAACCUGCUGACAAAGGCCGAUCAGCCGUUAUCCUUGACAAGGCGGAUUACCGAAACAAAGCGCUCAUGCUCCUCAACGACCGGGAGUCCUACAUGGUCAGCGACGCCGCCAGUCUAAAGUCCCUACUGGCGAAGGAUAACAGGGUUCUGUCUUGACUAAAGAUGGAAAAAAUCAUCACCGUCAAAGAAUGGUAUAUGACAAAGCCCACAGAAACACCGAUGGCGAGAUUCUACGGUCUUCCAAAAGUACACAAGUCAGAUGCUCCCCUCCGACCAAUCGUCUCACUCCGAGGCACAUCCACGUACGGGCUCGCAAAUUGGCUGUUUCAGAAGCUAAGAUUCCUAACCGAGGGCUCAGAAACAACAGUACACUCAGCAGAGCAAUUCCGCGACAAAAUAAGGGCGGUCACGAUUGAUCCGAAUGAGAGGAUGGUGUCAUUUGACGUCGCCUCACUCUUCAUGUCCAUAGCACAGGCCCUUGCGGUCGAGACGCUCAGUGACCUGAUUCGUCAGAAUUCCGACGAGGGCAAUGGUCAGCCCACAGAUCAGGAUCUCAUAGAACUAUUGAACUCAACCAUCCCCGACCUACAGUUCACGAUGGAAGAAGAAGUGGAGAUCAAACUUCCAUUUUUGGAUGUUCUCAUCUAUCGCCAACCAGACGGUAAACUGGCGACGUCAGUCUAAAGAAAAACGACGAGCACGCUGCAAAUGCUCAGUUACAACAGCAACCACCCACUGCAACACAAAGGAAGCUGUAUACGCACGCUAUAGCGACGGGUGGAAACUCAUUGCAGCACUCCAGUCGCCAAACUGGACGAGAUGAAGCUCCCCCAAGAACUCUUCAGAGCUAACGGCUAUCCGCGAACAUUCCUUGAACGGAGUCGAAAGCAACCAAGGAAGCGGAAUGAAGAACCUAUUCAGCCAAAAUCGUGGCGGAGCAUUCAAUACAUGAAAGGGGUCUCCGAAGCCGUAGCCAGAUCCCUCGCGCCGCUCGUAAUAGGCGUUGCCCACAGGCCCGACUCAACAAUCCGCCGGCAAGUGAUGCGGCCAAAAGACCCGAUCCCUAAACAGGAGAUGUCGGCUGUUGUCUACCGACUUCAGUGCAGCUGCGGAAUGUGUAACUACGUUGGGGAAACUGGCCUACGGCUGCAAACGCGCAUGCACGAGCAUAAGUUGACCGUGCGAAGGUUGGACCCAAGGUCGGAGGUAGCAACCCAUGCCGUCCAAAUGGGACACGUCUUCAACUUUGACGCCGUUGAAAUCGUGGACCGAGGUGAUGAUCAUACGGCAAGGCAGGUGCAAGAAGCCUGGAUGUCUACCGACUGUUCUGUCAACCGCCACAUCAAUUUACCUCCCGCUUAUCUGGUUUUACGGACAUUCUUGACGGUUGACAGUCACGGCGCGGGACAAUCGGGGCCGCCAAUUAUCACCGCGGCCGACGAAGAUGGGCGGGAUUCAGGUCACGGUGACAUGCGGGUCGGAUGCAGCCACACAGGCGGCAUUGGUGGGCCAGGCAUCGAACAAAGUGCGCCAUAGAAGGAAAUCUGUGUGCACGACUGCUCAGUCUCUGAUGAUGGGUAGAAGAAACGACUGCCCGAAACGUCAGACCUCAAAUACACCUCUGCCGGUGAACGCCUCCUCUUCUUUUUAAAUAUAUCUAACAGAAUACGUGGACAAAAUUCUGCUUUCUUCUACUCGAUUGAUAGGUAAGCGCAUCACCUUUAUAUUUUACACUCAAAAUCUGGUAUCUUUAGGUUUUAAAAUAAUUUUCGGAUUCCUGAAUUAAUUGCGAACCUGAUCAGUCGUUGCAUUAUCGCUUAAUGAUUUAAAUCGACGAGGUGCUUGCGUUCCGCCUCGGGAUCUUCACCUAUUUUUCUAUGUCUUUAUUAAGAUACCUGUCGAUUUAACACAAUUUUGCAAUGGAUGCGGACAAUAUUGUGCAGUUCGUGAGGAUCAUUGGUAAACUGCCAGGACCGAUGUUGUAUUAAUGGACAUCGAUGUUGGACCUCUUGCUUAUGUAAACUUUCCUCUCAGCAAUAAAACGACUACUGGCUGUAUUUGAGUACAAUAGGUAUCCAAACUCAUUAUGUAUCCAUUAAUUGACAUAAGAUAAAUAAACUAUGGCAAACCUGUCCGAAUCCGUUUAGGAGAACGACAGACUAUUAAUGAACGACCUUCAGUUAAAUGUAAAUGCAAAAUAAACAUUUAAACCACGAUCAAGUUGGCUUAAUAUAACAACUCAUGCAAAAAACAAAAUGCCGAAAACGCGGAAAGUUGUGUCAAAAGGUUAAGCUAAAAUUUUAAAAGUACAUAAAUGUAGUUCACGUAAACAACCAAGCAAAUAAAACAGCCGAAGCAUAAAAGGCUUAAAAUAUUCAUUUGUCUACACUUUAUGCUAGUAUCUUCAAAGAAGAAUCGUUCCGUUGGGCGCAAAUGAAGGUAAGAUCCAAUAGCAUCAUCGGAAUUCCAUCGGUCCUGGGAAAGUUGUCCGUUGGGGAGAAGCAGACAAGAUUGCUGGAAGGAGAGCCUCAUUCGCCUAACGUUUAGGAUUCCUGCUCGAGCCCAUCAUCAGAGACAAUAGCGGGUACACCUAUUUCAUACACAAGGGCCAUCCACCAUACUACCGCACAUCUAUGAAAAUUCACGUCUCCCUUCUAUAUCAGGGAUUGUUGACCUUUGUGUGAUGAUGGUUCGAUGGCCGAAAUUCAAGUCGUUAAUCGCCGAAAUUGCAUCACGUGUGUUGAAUAUUGAUGUGACGACUGCUUGACCAUCUGGCUCACCGACCCUGACGUUGGGAAUAGUGCUCGCCUGUGCGCUUUCCGCGUGGCUAACUACUCCGCCUAGGCGAGGUCUCAGCACGGAAUAUGAAAGGGGAAGGUCGCUGCAUUUGUUAUUGGACUGGGUGCCAGUGAACCAUGACUCAGGUAAUUUGCAGCUUACGUGAUUGUCACCUAUAGCGAGAAUGCCCGCCACGUCGAAUUUGAAAGUGUUCAGGGAAGCGACAAAUACGGGGCAAAUACUGAUCUUUGACAGCAACCACCCAAUAAGUCACGAAUGCAUAUGUGCGAGGACAAUCUAUCAACGUGUUAAAGAGCCCUUGAGUGAGCCGGAAGACAAAACUACUGAAAUACAAUACCUUCGACGGGAGUUCUAAGUCAGUGGCGGAGUAAUUAAUCACGCGAAGAAUGCAGAAGCGAACGCUGUUCCCAGCGUCUCUGUCGGUUGUUCAGAUGAGCUAGUAGACUAUUCAUUUGAAUUGACCAUAAAACCUCGUCGAUAUCGCCGGAUUGUGUGAUACCAAUGAAAUGCAGUGUCUGGUUCAAGGUACCGAAAUUGUUCCAUUAGAAGUUGACCCUACCUUUAACACUUUGUGUUGCUAGAUAUGUGGACAAUAAGAGCACAGAGAAGUUUCCUUGGCUAUACGGAAAAAACGGUAUAAAAAUAAUAGCUUCCAAAAGCAACAUUUGUGAGACUGGUAAGUGACUAAUUACGUCGAAAAGGAUUACUCUAUGUGGUAUUAACAACGUCCGUUUUCGUGCAUCAAGGUUACUUUCUAGUAAGCACUGACCAACUUUCGAUGACGAUAAAGUCUGCUGAGGCACUUGAUGCCAAUAAAAGUUUGAUGAGUACUGUGCGUUUUUCCCAAUCGACUUCCCGAAAAAUGUCUUUUGCAGCUUGCUUCUGCCAAUACUUUUGAUUCCUAAUAUUCCCUGAAAAACUUGCGAACUAGUUAGUACGUUAGAAUUCUUUUUCUUGCAUAUAACCAUUUGGGAAAUACUCGCAAAAUUACUAAACAUGAAACAUUAGCAACGAUAAAAUAUGAACGCUGAUAACAUAUUUCUGAGACAUAUGUGUUGGCAAAUUAAAAAGUUAUUUUGUGAUAAGUCGAGAUUUCUGGAAAAAGCACACGUAAAAAAGUUAAAAGAACCUCGGGAUAACAAAGACGCCUAAGUAACUAGAGCUGAGAAAGGAACAGGCCUCGUUAUAAUGGACAGAUCGGACUACGUAGCGAAGAUACAGUUCAUGCUAUCUGACUAGAGGAAGUUCAGAAAGAUAGACAAAGAAAAGGAUUUCACGGAUGACGCAGAGUUAAAAUUGACUGACUUUUUUAUGAAGGCCCCACACAUGAGGGUACAUAAGUGACCGUGACCUUGAACACCUCAGGCCAGUCGGCAAACAUAUCCCUGGACUAUUUGGUUCACCUAAGAUCCAUAAGGAAGGCCUGCCAUUUCGUCCGAUUUUAGACGUGCGAAACUCUCCGUAUCAUGCGAUACCGAAAUGGUUAGCGGAGAAACUCAAGCCCAUAGAGCAUCGGCUAGCACCAAGCAGCUAUCGAGAUACCUUUCAAUUCAUUGACGACAUUAAAGACCUUAACCUUAAAGGCAUGAUGAUGUUCUCACUCGACGUUGCAUCGCCUUUUACAAACGUCUAUGUCACCGAGAGAGUUGAUUAUAUCUGUGCUUUUCCAUCUGCCAAUCAGCAAGAAAUAUGAAUGCCGACCAACAUACUCAAGGAACUAUUUCUAAAAUGUACACUGGACAUGCAAUUCUUUUCUGGCAAUCAACUCUAUAGACAAAUAGAGGACGUUGCUAUUGGACCACCUCUUGGACAGCUCUUAACCAACGUUCCCAUGGACAAGCUUGAAAGAUAUCAAAUAAGCUAUCAGAUCGACAAGCUUAAACAUUACAGUCGCUGUAAAUAACGCACGUUCGUUGAUCAAAUUCACGUUGGAGAUGGGAUCGGCCGGUUUGCUUCCUUUUUUAGAUGUCCAUGUAAAGAGGAGCCCUGACGGUUGCAUCCGAAGGGGUCUCUAUCGGAAGAAAACCUAGUCUGAAAAAUACACGGACUUUGCUUAUUUCGUACCCCUCCAACGAAGACGAAAUCCACUCAGUUGUUUGGCAAAAAGAGCUAGACAAAUUUGUUCCUCAAAACUACUCUACAAGGAGACGCUGCAAGUGAACUCCCCAGAAGACGCUUUGACCAAGCUGUCUCGUAAAACCUUCCCAACAGCGUAGCAUUCUCCACUAACCCUAUUAUACAAGGAGAUUGCACGGAUAGGCUGUUACCUCAGUCAACCUCAAUGUGCAUCUGCGCAUUCACUUGCUCCUGUAGAGCAGGUUGAAUUGGUUGUGCGAGUCGGCGUCUUUCCAGAAGGAAACGGAGGCCCCCCUCCGCAUGACUGGCAGAAGGCAAAACUAUGAGAAUAGACAGCGCCAUUCUUGCGCAUGCAGUGGAUUCAGGGCAUCGUGUGGACCCCGCUGAUGCUUUUCAUGGGAUUACAAGGUCGCUUCGAGCUGCCCUAAGGUACUGAGAGAGCGCCUGUUAGCAAAAGCGGAAUCGACCGCAAUCAGGUUAGGAUGUCCGGCCCUAUGCGCCCAGAAGAACAUCGCUCAUGUUCCGCGAUUACCGUCGUCAAAGGUUGAAAAACCGCAUAAAACUUUCUGCGCCCAUCAGCUCUUGCCUAAACUGUAUUUGUUAAAACUAACUUUCAUCGAUUUUUCAAUCAUUUCCACGUCUAACUGUACCCAUUCCCAUAUACUUUUACUAGCCUGAAGAGCAUUUAUCAAAAGCAGCGUUUGCUGGCCAGUUUAUCUUCCGAAAAAUGCUAUGGAAAUUUUCACAACUCUUUUAUUAAUCGCUUUUGGAUGGUGUUUCUUUAUUAAAUGUUCAAAGGUAAGAUCAUAAUAAGAGUAUAAGAAGAUCUGCCGCGCCGUCCCUCUUCCUGAAAACUGCUGACAAUCCUUCUGUUGUAAGUCAAAGUAAUUACAUCCCUCUUCAUACCAUGACCAUUACCGUUAUGUACACGUAUUUAUACAUUUCUUGCUAAUAUCUCAUAGGUCCCGCUGAAAAUACGAAAUAGCGCUAAACCUCUUAGUACCAUGCAGGUUCACUUUUAAGUCAGUAUCAAAGAUUAUUAUGUUUACCUAAAGAUGAGCCCUGGAAGUACUCACAAUCUCCAGGAAAUUAUGGGUGCAUUUAAAUAAAAAAUUACAUAUACGCCUUAGUUGAGUUUUUAGGGUAAAAUACGUACUAAUUACCAAAUCGAAAUUUGUAACAUUAACAUGGCUAUUAUUUAAUGAAAAACAAAACUGUUCAUAUCUUUUCUUACCUCACCUGCACAGGCAAAGCAAAUAACAAAUAUAUUUCUGACAGAUUUGGGUAAGUAUGAUGUAUAUAUAUAUAUAUAUAUAUAGUGAUAGGGGGCGCUCACCGAUCGUUCAUACGGAACUCACUCGUUCCGUUGUGCCUUAUGGACUCUCUCUUUUGUCGGUAAUAUCAUUCUGCCUAUAUAUCAUGCGCCGCUGCGCGGCUGCUGGUUGGGCUCGAGAGAGAGUCCAUAAGGCACAACGGAACGAGUGAGUUCCGUAUGAACGAUCGGUGAGCGCCCCCUAUCACUGUAUAUUCCCAAUCGAAAACCGACAGGGCAACGGGCUCGUGGCCCGGUGAGUAGAGGCGUUGACUUCUAAACCAACAGGUCGCGAGUUCGAGGCUCGGGUGUUCCACACUUCGGGCUUGGGUAUGGCUGGCUGACGACGGCUAAUAAGCCAGAAAUGGCCAUUCCAGUCUCCCUUGUCUUUGUCGGUAAUAUCAUUCUGCCUAUAUAUAUAUAUAUAUAUAUAUACAUACAUAUCUGUAUGAAAAAUAGAAGAGGUUCUUCAGAAAAGUCGAGUUGUACUCGUGAAUUUUCGAGCUGGUGACACCAACCCGUCGUCAGACGUAAUGAAAACGAGGGAGAAAGUUAUGUUGUCACAGUAGACCAGUUAGUGCCAUAGGACAGAACAGACCACUGACGUGUGACCGGGGGUGGGGUGGGCUCCCGAGGUCAUGGUAGGUCACUGAGUGAGGGACGGGAAAGGGAGAGGAGGCGGAACAAUUACGGCGAACCGUACUGGAGGGGGAGGGUGGGUGGUGAAUCAGUUGGAAUGCGGGCGGCUGUAUUCGCGGUCGUCGAUGCGUGAUUAGGGCAGGGGGCAGUCAUUCGUGAACGUAGACCCUCGUAAUGGGCAUCUAAGUCAACGUGGCGGUUGAUACUACCCGCAUGGGAGUACCAAGCCUCGAGAAAUUCCCUCGCUCGCUUUGUGUUAGCCAUGGCGACGACCUCAGUGCCAUCCCAAUUGAAUCGGUGGUCGUACUCGAGUGCAUGGGCAAAGACGAGGGACAGGGGGUCUCGCCGACGGAUAGCUAGUUUGUGUUCGUUGAUACGGGUGCCCAGCCAUCGACCUGUAUGGCCAGCAUAUACGCAAUAGCAAUUAGCACACGGGAUGCGAUAAUACAAUAUAUAAUAUAUAUAUAAAGCAUUAAGAGGGAUCUAUCUGACCUAGUCGUAAAAAAUCGGCAGUCUGGAUGGUGUUGGAAAUCACGAUAACAAGGACAAGACUUAAGCAUAGAUAACGCCCUGAGCUAAGAGGCCCGACUAGCAGCGGUGAAGUUAAUCCCAUUUUGUUCAGUUACCUGCCGCGCCUAUCGCAACGCAUGAACCCAUCAAAUCGAAUACAAUACACUGACUGUUAAAGCAAGAUUUCUUAAGUAAUUUAACCGAGGAUAAACCAGAAAACCACUGGGUCCUUUCAGUAAAGUUUUGUUUUUGACAGAUGUGAGUAAUUUAUUCGACUCACUCCUUAAAAAUCCCAGAUGGAAGAUGAAACACUAGAGUAUUCCGAUUAGAUGAAAGACGCACGGAAGCCUAAACACAGUUGUGGACAUUGACGGAUAAAGAGAAUUCACCGAAUGUAAGUCAACAUUGAUUUACACUGAAAUUUACAAAUUCGUUGCACGAGAAAAUCUUUUAAAAAAAACUUAAUCUACGUGGGAAAAUGAUGACUUCCUAAAGAGAUUUGACGAAUAAGCAAAAUGGAAAAUUUCAGAUGCCAUAAAAUAAUUACACCAGUUUUCGGUAUCAUGUUUUUGACCUAAGUUACAUGCCGUCCAAUACGUGAAGAGGUCUUGGAUGCUAUUUUCUACGAUAAAAUCUGCUGAAAUUAAAACACAUUAACUAAAAAGUGACGUCAUAAAGCUUAAACUGCAACCGCGGCUGAGAUAUGACCAAGGAGAUACUGGAAAUUUUCUCAUGUAUGCAUUAUAGUCCAUAAAAAUUUCUUUUUUUCGCAAAUGGAACCCAUGACAGAUAUGAAGCCAUCCCGUAUGUGAAAUCAGUGACGUUCAACAAUGGUCAAUUCCCAUCGUGAAAGGCCAUAAUGGACAGGUUCUUUGCCUAGGAUGGGUAACCGCAACUCCAUAGCGUUGUUCAUAAGACAUAGAGCGCUGGCGUUUUCCGGGUUGAUAAAUAGCGACAACUGAUCAGUCCGUUGAGUGACGAGGGAGAGGCCGACAAGCAUUCUGGCUCGCCAACAAUUACGACGGCCGCAAAGGGGUCAUUAGUGUCAGGAGCCCACCGGCGGUCAAUCGUGGAGGGGUCAACGCUAAUCGACGGCGAACGAGCAGGUCCUAGUUCGUGCCUCGCGCACGGAUAUAAUACCAGGCAAGUAUCAAGGCUGACGCAAUCAAGACCAGCGGGAACAGUCAACACAUGACUCUGAUGAUGGAAAUGAGAGGGUUUCCGAAACGUCAGUACAAAUAUAACUCGGUCCAUGAAUUCGCCCUAUCUUCUUCUUCGUCUUCUUCGGGGGAUGAUGAACGCGAUAAACUGAAUUCUAUGGAAAUGUUAUCACGCAAACACUUUUCUCAUUAGUAGGGGGGCGCUCACCGAUCGUUCCUACGGGACUCAUUCGUUCCGUUGUGCCUUAUAGGCUCUCUCUCGAGCCCAACCUGCAGCCACACAGCGGCGCAUAAUAAAGGCACAACUGUAUACUCUGCCCCAACCGGAACUUGUUAUGUUUGUCAAGUACGUGACAUUUUGCACUAACAGACGCAUAUCGUUUUUCGUAAAAAGCAGAGACGGACCGUCCAUCUGCCGAUUCCUUGGAACCAAUAGCUUGCGUUAGUCUUGGUCUUAGUUUAGCCUUACGUUUUUACAACAUCUAUCAAAAACUCGAAUAACAUUUUAAGUAUUAAGACAACGAAUAUCGUCAUUUUUUGCUGACAUUGUGAAAUCAUUAUGUAAUGCAUUGAUUCCAUGUGAAUUUUGUACGCAUUUCUUACGCUAAUAUUCUCUCGGUUGGUAGGACAUUGCCUAUUCGCUCGCCCCUGUCGAUUAUCUGUUUGAUAUUCUUCAAUCGUCUAUGCGAAGUUGCGUUGUGUGGGUCGCCUUGAAAGUGCCUGCGCACACAAAUGUGGAAAAUUCAACUGUUGUUCUAGUGACAGGCACAUCCAACUGAAUGCCAAUAAAAUCUCUUUUCUAAACGUAUAAAUAAGACAAAAGUGUCAAGAAGUAACAAGUGGCAGUCACAUACAAAUAUAACGAUGAGCAUUCCUCCGUCGAUUCUGCUCAAAGCCGUUCUGAUUUCCGUAAUUAUUUUUUACGGUAAAUUUCAUUCCGUUACUUAAAUUUUAACAAAAAUAAAUGUUUUUAGUUUGCUUAGGAAGAAAAACUUGUGUAAAUCAAUCCAGCUUAGAAGCAUAGCUAUGUUCUUUCUAAAAAGGCAAAAAAACGUUGAAAGCAAUGGAGCCUAUUCAAUAAUCAUUUUCAAAAUGCUAUUUAAUUAAUCAUACUUUCAGUACGCGCCAUCGAAUCACCGACCUACAAACUUUGCAAAGGCGAGCAUUCAGAAUGCACGCCUGUGAGCUACAGAGAGGAGGAUGAAACAAAGGGCGCAGGAUGCCGUGACGCCUGUGCGAAGCAGCGAGGUCUGUUUCUGUUUAAAAUGCAUGCUUCCGCAGUUUGUUUCUUGUGUCCGUUGAUGUUCCAUUAAUUUAUGGAUUUGUACUAAAAUAUCCUCUACGAUAACCAUCAAGCUCUUCUAAUUCCUUUAGAAAAUCUAAACGAGAUAUCAAAAGCAUAUUUUUGCGAGGAAUCUGAUAAGCCGUGCAAGGUAUACGACGUUUAUGGACGAAGUGGCUACGACAAGACCUUCGAGAGACACGUCAUGUGUGUCAAGGUGUGCCAUCUUUCGGGCAAGGGUAAGUCAUUUUACGGCCUUCGGUCAACUACAUGAUUGUUAAGCCAUCUAUGUUUCAUGGUAAAACGAAGCGCUUCAGAAGUAAAUUCAGAUAUGUAGUACAGCCUGUUCAUGCUUCUGCUUAUGAAAAUUAACAUUUAUUUUUCCAGCUCAGCACAGUUCCACGGAUUUCAUUAAACUUUGUUCGCCCACUAUGGACCCUUGCGCUGAGCUAAGGAGAAUAAAUGGGACGUUCGAUGUCUUCAAUAAAUGCGCUUUUCAAUGUGACGGGUGGACUAACUGUAAGUUGAAAUGAACCCUUCUAAAGCUCAUUCAACAAUUUUUCAUUUCAUUAUUCUUGCCGACAUUAUCGUCGUUGUUACGGAAUUCUAAAUCUCAAUAAAGUGGAUAACAAGAAGGAACAGACUGCUCAAUUCAGCAUCCCAGGAAGUGGCAAUGUGGAUGGCAAAUACUUUUUUAAUCCAAGAAAUGGAAAUGCCUUUGCCGGCUUGAAGUCCUGCUUCAGACGUUGCAUGUCAGGUGAGGCUUGAAAUAACCUACAUAUCAUCCUAUAAUUUUGUGAGACCCGACGUGCUUUGUUGGUAUUUACGGACUUCACAAGCGCAUCCUCACAGGUUCCAGGGUAUUAUUAAUCACAUUUAGACGUUCUGAUAGGAAAAAUACAAAUUUAUCGUUCUCCACGCAAAAAAUGGGGAUAUUUUGAUUGUCUGUCGUGAGACAUUUUAUACCGUAUGUGUUUGUGAGUCAUUUUCCACUCUUCUCAUAAACGCGUCUAUGCAAUUUCAAGAUCGCUUUUCAGCAUAUUAAUUGGGAUUAUCAAGCUUCACCUUUAGCACCCUUAGUAGGAGUAGACUUAUCACUGCCUGACGUUAAGUGACUUGCAUUAAUACGUCCUUAGCAUAUCGAGUACAUAGACUAAAGUUUAUACUUGAAGAUACUAAGCCUGAACAUUGUAUGGGGGUCAACGAUAUUACUAUUAACAAACUGAUGUUUUCGUUUUAGAAUAA